CCCCCUGUGACCAUUAUAGGCAACUCGGGUAACCCAGAACAUCAUAGCCUGGUAGCAGGCGACAAACUCAUCUUGGAGUGCGAGAUAUCUUGUCCGAAUGCCACUGUCCAGUGGCUCUGGAACGGAAAGUUACUGAGUUCAGACUCCCGCACUCACAUAGACAGUGAUGGUGCCAUCAGGAAACUUGUUUUGUCAGGGCUUCAGCCCUCGGACUCUGGAGAGUACAUAUUGGAUGCCAUCGAUGACAAAAUGGUAACCAUAGUUGAGGUCCAAGGUAAAAUUGUUUACAUUUCAAUGCAUGUAAUAUAUUACAAAAAGGUACCUAUGUUAUUGACAUGACAUAAACAUAAAAGUCACAAGAGGCCAUGUUCAAAUUAUGUUUUACUCCUCAGAGCCCCCAGUCAAGUUUGUGAACAAACAAGCAAGAACCACCAUCUCUGGCUACGAAAAUGAAAGUGUGACACUGUGUGCCAUGGUGAGCCGGGAGCAAGCCUAUGUGCGAUGGCGUAAAGAUGGUGGACUAUUGAAUGGGGAUAAUAUUUACAUCUCCAGUGAGGGUAACAUGCACACCCUCACCAUCAACCCCCUGAAACUAUCAGAUAGUGGAGGGUUUGUCUGUGACGUCAACACGGAUGAAAUUUCUUUCAUUGUCCAGGUUAAAGGUAAGAGCAGGAUUAUUUUGGACAAACUGCUUAAGAAUAAGGUUUAACAUAGUUAAACACAGUAUUGAUUAAGUAAACUUGUUUUCCUAGAAAUGAAAGUGAAAUUCUCUAGACCCCUGGAGAAUAUCGUAGCCCUGAAGAACAGUACCCUCACCCUGAGGUGUGAGGUCAACAAACCUAAAGGAGAUGUUCAGUGGCUCAAAGAUGGCCAGGACAUUAAGCCCAGCCGUCGACAUACGAUAAGGGCACAGGGUCGGGAGCGAAGCUUCACCAUCCUCCAGCUAACGCUAGACGAUGCUGGGGAAUAUGCCUGUGAAUCCACAGACGAUAGGACUUUUGCCACUGUCGGUGUAGAAAGUAAGGAUAUGGGCAGUUAUGUUUAUGCUAACAUUUGAAAUAACAAAAUUAACAUUAUCGGGUGGUAAUCUUAUCAAUCAAACUUUUUUUUCAAUGUCAGUGUAAGUCUAAUGCCGUGCUCACGUGCUAGCGUAAAUAUCAGAAGCUCCUAGUUCCCAGUCGGAAAUUUCACUUGAAUGACCCUCGAAGUCGGAAUUACAAGUGGGAAACUCUGACAAAAUGCUGUUACCCAACGUUUCACCACUGACCUUUUUUUACCUAUUCAACCAAAAGAUGACAAUAAAUAAAUUUUUGACAAUUACAACCUUAUCAACAUGGAUACUGUAGCUAGUCUGAACACAUUGUAAAUGUUAAGCAAGCUAGCUAACUUUAUUAUAAGCAAUGUUAGCAAGCUUAUCAAGCUAGCUAAAAUGUUAUUGGUUGAAGAAUUAUUGCGACUCCAAAAGCACUUGAACACAAUCAUGUCAGACUUACCAAUUCCCAAUUUCCUAUUUCCCACGAGCACGUGAAACCAGCAUGACUCACGUUAUGUAAAAGGUCCAGUACAGUUAAAAAGCGUGAUUUUCCUGUGUUUUAUAUAUAUACAGUGCCUUCGGAAAGUAUUCAGACCCCUUGAUUUUUUCCACAUUUGGUUAUGCCUUAUUCUAAAAUUGAUUAAAUAAAUAGAAAUCCUCAGCAAUCUACACACAAUAUCCCAUAAUGACAAAGCAAAAACAGGUUUUUAGAAAAAAUCUCACAUUUCUUAAAAUAAAAAAAACUGAAAUACCUUAUUUACAUAAGCAUGCAGACCCUUUGCUAUGAGACUCGAAAUUGAGCUCAGGUGCAUCCUGUUUCCAUUGAUCAUCCUUGAGAUGUUUCUACUACUUGAUAGGAGUCCACCUCUGGUAAAUUCAAUUGAUUGGACAUGAAAAAGGCACACACUUGUCUAUAUAAGAUCCCACAGUUGACAGUGCAUGUCAGAGCAAAAACCAAGCCAUGAGGUCGAAGGAAUUUUCCGUAGAGCUCCGAGACAUGAUUGUGUCGAGGCACAGAUCUGGGGAAGGGUACCAAAAAAUGUCUGCAGCAUUUUAGGUCCCCAAGAACACAGUGGCCUCCAUCAUUCUUAAAUGGAAGAAGUUUGGAACCACCAAGACUCUUCAUAGAGCUGGCCGCCCAGCCAAACUGAGCAAUCGGGGGAGAAGGACCUUGCUCAGGGAGGUGACCAAGAACCUGAUGGUCACUCUGACAGAGCUCCAAAUUUCCUCUGUAGAGAUAGGAGAAUCUUCCAGAAGUUCAACCAUCUCUGCUGCACUCCACCAAUCAGUCAUUUAUGGUAGAGUGGCCAGACGGAAGCCACUCUUCAGUAAAAGGCAAAUGAUAGGCCGUUUUGAGUUGACUCUCAGACUAUGAGAAACAAGAUUCUCUGGUCUGAUGAAACCAAGAUUGAACUCUUUGGCCUGAAUGCCAAUCAUCAUGUCUGGAUGAAACCUGGCACCAUCCCUAUGGUGAAGCAUGGCAGUGGAAGCAUCAUGCUGUGCGGGUGUUUUUUAGCGGCAGGGACUGGGAGACUAGUCAGGAUCGAGGCAAAGAUUAAAAGAGCAAAGUACAGAGAGAUCCUUGAUGAAACCCUGCUCCAGAGCGCUCAGGACCUCAGACUGUGGUGAAGGUCCGGACUUGAACCCGAUCGAACAUCUCUGGAGAGACCUGAAAAUAGCUGUGAAGCAACGCUCCCCAUCCAACCUGACAGAGCUGGAGAGGAAUGGGAGAAACACCCCAAAUACAGGUGUGCCAAGCUUGUAGCGUCAUACCAAAGAAGACUUGAGGUUGUAAUUGCUGCCAAACCUGUUUUUGCUUUGUCAUUAUGGGCUAUUGUGUGUAGAUUGAUGAGAAAAAACAAUGUAAUCAAUUUUAGAAUAAGGCUGUAACCUAACAAAAUGUGGAAAAAGUCAAGGGGUCUGAAUACUUUCCAAAGGCCCUGUACAUAUACAGUACCAGUCAAAAGUUUGGACACAACGACUCAUUCAAGGGUUUUCUUUAUGUUUACUAUUUUCUACAUUGUAGUAACCAAAAAAGUAUUAAACAAAUCAAAAUAUAUUUUACAUGUUAGAUUUUUCAAAAUAGGCACCCUUUGCCUUGAUGACAGCUUUGCACACUCUUGGCAUUCUCUCAACCAGCUUCAUGAGGUAGUCACCUGGAAUGCAUUUCAAUUAACACGUGUGCCUUGUUAAAAGUUAAUUUGUGGAAUUUAUUUCCUUCUUAAUGUGUUUGAGCCAAUCAGUUGUGUUGUGACAAGGUAGGGGUGGUAUACAGAAGAUAGUCCUAUUUGGUAAAAGACCAAGUCCAUAUUCCAUAUAUUAUGGCAAGAACAGCUCAAAUAAGCAAAGAGAAAUGACAGUCCAUCAUUACUUUAAGACGUGAAGGUCAGUCAAUCCGGAAAAUGUCAAGAACUUUGAAAGUUUCUUCAAGUGCAGUCACAAAAACCAUCAAGCGCUAUGAUGAAACUGGCUCUCAUGAGGACCGCCACAGGAAAGGAAGACCCAGAGUUACCUCUGCUGCAGAGGAUAAGUUCAUUAGAGUUAACUGCACCUCAGAUUGCAGCCCAAAUAAAUGGUUCACAGAGUUCAAGUAACAGACACAUCGGAACAUCAACUGUUCAGAGGAGACUGCGUGAAUCAGGCCUUCAUGGUCAAAUUGCUGCAAAGAAACCACUACUAAAGGACACCAAUAAUAAUAAGUGACUUGCUUGGCCCAAGAAACACGAGCAAUGGACAUUAGACCGGUGGAAAUCUGUCCUUUGGUCUGAUGAGUCCAAAUUUAGAUAUUUGGUUUCAACCGCUGUGUCUUUGUGAGACGCAGAGUAGGUGAACGGAUUAUCUCCGCAUGUGUGGUUCCCACCGUGAAGCAUGGACGAAGAGGUGUGAUGGUUUUGGGGUGCUUUGCUGGUGACACUGUCAGUGAUUUAUUUAGAAUUCAAGGCACACUUAACCAGCAUGGCUACCACAGCAUUCUGCAGUGAUACGCCAUCCUAUCUGGUUUGCACUUAGUGGGACUAUCAUUUGUUUUUCAACAGGACAAUGACCCAAAACACACCUCCAGGCUGUGUAAGGGCUAUUUGACCAAUAAGGAGAAUCAUGGUGCUGCACAAUCACCUGACCUCAACCCAAUUGAGAUGGUUUGGGAUGAGUUGUACCGCAGAGUGAAGAUAAAGCAGCCAACAAGUGCUCAGCAUAUGUGGGAACUCCUUCAAGACUGUUGGAAAAGGAUUCCAGGUGAAGCUGGUUGAGAGAAUGCCAAGAGUGUGCAAAGCUGUCAUCAAGGAAAAGGGUGGCUACCUUGAAGAAUGUAAAAUCUAAAAUAUAUUUUGAUUUGUUUAACACUUUUUUGGUUACUACAAUAUUCCAUAUGUGUUAUUUCAUAGUUUUGAUGUCUUCACUAUUAUUCUACAAUGUAUCAUUGACCUCUCAAUGCAUGAUUCACACAAAAGUUGUGUAAGUUAAGCGCAUGGAUCUCAAGUUAGGAUUUGGACCAAUGAUACCAAUGUCUCAAUAAUAUUCAUUGCAAAUCAACCCUGUGUGUUAUUAUUCUAACAAAUGUUCAUGUUCUAUCCCUUAGUGCCUCCACCUAUUGUUGAGUUUAUCACAGAGCUACACAAUAUCACUCUACUGGAGGGGGAAAAUGCUACAUUUAAGUGUGUCGUUUCACCAGAGGAAACACAGCUAGUGUGGAGCCUGAACGGCCGGCCUAUAGCUCCAAAUGAGAGGUUUGUCAUUUCAAGUAAUGGACUGUGCCACAUGCUGUGCAUUUACAACUGCCAGGUCUCAGACUGCGCCACAGUGACUGCCGAGGCAAAAGGGCUGGUGUCUGAGGCAAACCUCCAGGUUCAAGGUGAGAUACCAUUGGUAAACAUUGUGCUAGUUUGGUACUCAAUAUAUUCUGGUCCAGUUUUAAAUGUGCUAUAUGCAACAAUUCCGCCUACAAACAGACCUAAAUGGCAACAAUAUAUUUGUAGUAGUAAAGAAAAGAAAAAAUCCCAUGGGUUAAAAAUCUAAUUUUAGAAUGGCAUUUGAAGCUAGCACAGUUGUUUGUUUUUCCGGGAAUGUCCACAUUCAAACAGCAGCAUCUUCCUGAUUGUCGUUCUUGGAGGUUGAAAACAAUGGAUGUGUUAUUUAAAUUAUGAUGAGAUAAGAAAGUAUUGCUAAGCUAUUUCAGGUUUUUCUAAGCUAAACAGGAUAUAAAUAUCAUACAACAAACAGAGCACCUUAAAUUGAUAAGUAGCCCCAUGACUGUGCUCUUAUGAUUGUAUAGUUACAGUGUGACAAGAUGUUAUUUUCCCUGAUUAAUUAGGAAAUAUUUACCCCCAAACCUUUUAUUAAUUGUAUUCAUUUCCCUUGAUUUUCAUAGUUGCGCUGUUGACACCCUUGAACAACAGUGUAUGUCAAUGUAGCACUUACAAUAUAGCUGCCUAUUAUAUAAUAUAGUAGUAGUAGUAGUAGAGACAUUUAAUUGUAAUCUUCAUUUCACAUUUGCAAUCACUUUAUACAACUGUUGAUUCCUUGAAGUUUAGGAGAUCAUUUUGAAGUAAGCUUUGGCUAAAAUGACUUUCAUAUUCAUGCCCUCCCCUUUAAAUGUCUUCAUAACUAUUGGGGGAAUGAGUGCAACAGUGUACUCUUCGAAAGCCUCUUUAAUGCCACAACAUAUUUUCGAUAAAUAAUGACCUCUUCAGACAAGCUCAAAUUGUUGAAGGGGCGCCUUUGACGGCUUGCGCUUAGCAGCUUCUCCAUUUAGAAUUCCUGGGGUAACUGACAGAGACAAAUGGUGCCCGAGACAUGCUACAUCACUUUUACGAGGAUAUCAUAGCCUCUCUUUAGUAGAACUUGUGCUACAUUGUUGUUUGUUUAUCAUAGCAUUUUAUUGGUAUUUUUAUAUAGUUAUAAUGUAGCUUACAAAGCUUUAUUUUUUCACUUUGUGUAUGUCACUCUGGAUAUGUAGUUGAAUGUCAAUUAGAGUUCAAAUCGAAUACUUGUGUGAUCCCUGUUGCUUUACACACUCACAUUAAUAUGUGUUCAGAACAACAGGUGUUGUUCACCAAAAACAUGGUGCCCGUUGUGGCUGAGCAAUUCGGGGAGGCUACCCUGGAGGUGGAGGUGAGCCUGGACUCUGGAGAGGUGCAAUGGAUGAGGCAGGGUGUAGUCAUCCACCCGGGGCCAAAGUUCACCCUGAAGCAAAAGAGCCGGCGACGGAGCCUCACCAUUCACAAGCUCGCCCUUUCUGACCGGGGCACCUACAGUUGCGAAACUCUCCACGACCGCACGCAAGCCCAGCUCAUCGUGGAACGUGAGUGCUCAAGUGUUGUCACUAUGUGCUGUUGUUGUUUGUUUACCUCCGUUGCCGGCAACAACGCUUUCACACGCUGUCCCUGUUGUUGCCGUUGUUGCUUUUGGAGCAAACUCAAUAACUGAGUAAGAGUAAUUUGAGUGGUGAUGGCUGCAAACAGGUGACCUACAGACAGACCGCUAGCCCACCCUCUGGUUCUCAGGGAGCAGAUUUCUGUAUUGACACAGGAUCACUGGAGCCAUGAUGAUUUCAUUAAGCGUGUCAAAGGGGAAUCAGAUUGGAGGCUAGAAGGAAGUACUAGUGAGGAACUAUUUAAGCCCCUUUUGCUUGGCUGUGAAGAUAUAGAUGUUAUCAGACAAGCGCUAGGAUUACAUUCACACAAGCACAGCUCUCUGAGAGCAUUCCCUUCGCUUACUAUUGCAGAGUCGAGCUGUGAUUAAUGGCUGCUUUAACCACAAAGGGUCUAAUAGUUAAGAUGUACUGUAGCUCUGUGUACUUAACUACUUUUCUUCUGACUUGUUUUGUGGGUGAGUUAGUGCUGUGAGGUGCGGGUGAGUUAGUGCUGUGAGGUGCGGGUGAGUUAGAGCUUGUGCUUUCAGCAACAGCGUGGGUGAGAAGGGGAAAGUCUGGACUUUGGCUGCUGUUGGCACCUCUUAUGUAUUUGGAUCUCCUCUCAUUGCAUCUAAAUUUAUGCACUGGCCUUCAAAAUCGAGUUUGUUGUCAUCAAGUCUAAAAAAUAAAUGCCUCUUCUCCAUGGGGAAUGCCUGUCUGUGUUAGAAUAAGUAAAAAUGUUGGCGGAUUCAAAACAGGCUUUGGUGUAAGGUACUGUGUUGGAAUGAUAAAAAUACUUGCCUAUUUUCUGCCAACUGGCUACAUGUUUUAUUGGUCUGUCUGUAUCACACAUACUGUAACAUGACUUCUGUUAUAGGGACAUUCUAUAUGAAAAUGGAAGAAACAUGAAAAAAAUGUGCUAAGAAAUAGCCUUUGGAAGAAGGAUUUGGUAUUUGUAGUAUUUGCAGUGGGAUCUCAAGGACCUUUGGAAUUAUCAUAUUACAUGGAACGCCUCUAGAGAUGAAACAACAGAUGAUUUAAUAAAACAAUUCUAUAAGGGAAGUUAAAACCAUAUAUUUAACUCAUUUUAUAUCUCGACGUCCCCUUUUUGCCUAGUUCCCUCUAGGUUUCUUCCUUGUAGAGUUAUUCCUAGCCAAUGUGCCACUGCUUCUGCUUCUGCUUGCUCUUUGAGGUCUAGGCCGGGCUACAGUAAAAGCACUUUGUGACAACUGCUGAUAUAAAAAUGGCAUCAUACACAUGAUUUCUUUGUUUGUCCCUGUCAUCAUGCAACAUGUAAAUCUGUUGAUUUAAUUAUAGAUCAGGGAUAGGCAACCCUGUUCCUGGAGUGCCGCAGAUACUGUGUGGUGAGUGAUUUUGAUGGAGUCAGGCGCAGGAGGGUAAAUCACAGAAUAAACCGAAAAUACAGCGGUACGCAGCAAUGCGUCAAACACUCCAGUGCGGAAAUCAGGCGCACUGGGAAACAACAAGGCACACGGGUGAAAUAUCCCGGCGAUACAAAAUACAAGGAGCUCCUCCGAGCUCAUCUAACCUCCACAAUAAACAAUCACACACAAAGACAAGGGGGCAGAGGGAACACUUAUACAGGUACUGAUGAGGGGAUAUGAACCAGGUGUGUGUAAUAAACAAGACAAAACAAAUGGAAUGAUGAGAUGAGGAGCGGCAGUGGCUAGAAGGCCGGUGAUGACGAACACCGAAUCCUGCCCGAACAAGGAGAGGAGGCAGCUUCGGAGGAAGUCGUGACAUACAGCAGGAUUUUAUUCCAACUAGCACCACAUCUGACCAACUGAGCUAAUUGAUCAGUUCAGUGAGUGCCUGAGGCACUCCAGGACCAGGGUUGCCUACCCCUGUUAUAGAUGAUUUACAUUAUUUAUAUGAUUAACUUACUAAUUAAGUGAUUAUUGUUGUUGUUAUUAUUGCCUUUAGCUACAAUUCCAUUUUCUCCCCACAGCCAGAAAAAUCACAAUUCGGAGAGGACUCACUGACAUCCAAACCAUUCAGCGUGAAACUGCAUCCUUCGAGGUGGAGCUGUCUCACAGCAACGUAGAAGCCACUUGGCUAAAGGAUGGGAACCAGCUAAAGCCAAACAACCACUGGCGCAUGAGUGCCAAAGGGUGUGUCCACAGCCUCACUAUCUCCAACCUCACCUUGGACGACACAGGCACCUUUGUGUUAUCUGCGGAAAAUGUGAAAACAUCUGCCAGGCUCGUUGUUAAAGGUAGGGCACGGACACAGAUGGUCAGAAAGCAACAGUACACUAGUUUUCUGUCAGAGUGGGCAGCCUGGCCACAUUGUAUACACAAACAGCAGCGUCUUUCUGAUUCAAUAUUGGUUCUCAAAAUAACAAUAUUUUAUGUCAUUAUACUUUUUCUACAUCAAAUACAAUUAUUUAUAUAGUGGUUUUUCAAGCCAAAAGCAGGGAGUGUGAGGGAGUGUAGGAAAUACAGAAUGAGAAUAUAUAUUUGACACCUCAGCUUUUGAUGCCGAGGUGUCAUAUACAAUUAAUGGAAAGCCUGGUUUCUCGUGUUAUCUACUCCACUAGGGUCUGUCAGCCAGGGGCUGUACGGCUUAAUGACAAGUUUGUUUUUGUCAAUGUUUAAAAUGUCAGAAUAACCGACUGCAUGAUAAUGAAAUGGAGUGACUGCUCUGCUACCGUUCUUACUCCGUCUCACGUUACAAAUACAAAAUAGCCACAUACUGUACAUCGCAAGUAGGCUACUUGGUCUUUUCAGUCACUCCCUAACAUAACCUCACACUGUAAAGUAAUCUCUCCCCUAUACAGAGUCACUCAAUACGUCUCACCCUUUGAGCCAGGGUUCUGAAAUCGAGGAUGACAAUUGGAUGAAAAUGUCAUCCCAGUAAAUAGUUCAGUUGCCAUACCAAACAUCUCUUAACACUAAAAUACAGGCUAUUGUACCGAUGCCGUCGUGGUGCAGUGCGUGUGUAAGUAUAUUGCUCCCAGAUUUGUGUCAGGCAUUCAGUUUGGCUUGUGAAGUGUCAACAGAGGACAUUGUAGUUGAGAUUUUAAGUCAAAUGAUUCAUACCAGUAAAACAGCACUGAAUGAAUCAGCUUGGAUCUCAAACAAAAAAGUUACAAUUUAAAAGUUUGAGGAAAUACUUUCAGUAUGAGAGUAACAAAAUCAAAGUGAUAUUAAAGUAACUGUCCAGUGAAAAUCUCCCUAUUAAAAGUUAAUAUUCUGUUAACUCAUACCAGUGUUGUAUACACUCCUUUCUUGAAACAUGAAUACCUUAACAGCCUUAUCUAUUAUAGACAUGUUUGCACAGUGGCGAACCUAUAGGCCUUCAGUGUGUGACAGGUUCGUGAUUCUGAAAGGACUGCAACCAUAAUUCCAGCACACUCAUGUAGAAGAGUGCCCUUUUUGUAAAACACAAAGGGCCACCUCUACGAAAAAUAAUUGAGUUGCACCCCCUUUUGACCCUCAGAACAACCUCAAUUCGUCAGUGCAUGGACUCUGCAAGGUGUCGAAAGCGUUCCACAGGGAUGCUGUCCCAUGUUGACUCCAAUGCUUCCCACAGUUGUGCCAAGUUGGCUGGAUGUCCUUUGGGUGGUGGAUCAUUCUUGAUACACACGGGAAACUGUUGAUCGUGAAAAACCCAGCAGCGUUGCAGUUCUUGACACACUCAAACUGGUGCGCCUGGCACCUACUACCAUACCCCGUUCAAAGGCACUUAAAUCUUUUGUCUUGCCCAUUCACCCUCUGAAUGGCACACAUACACAAUCCAUGUCUCAAUUGUCUUAAGGCUUAAACAUCCUGCCCUUCAUCUACACUGAUUGAAGUGGAUUUAACAGGUGACAUCAAUAAGGGAUCAUCGCUUUCACCUGGAUUCACCUGGUCAGCAUAUGUCAUGGAAAGAGCAAGUGUUCCUAAUGUACAUCCGACACUGCAAAAAUAAAGUAAACAGGAUAGAUCUCACUGGAUUACAGUAGCGGCCAUUUCCAUGUAAAAGGACCCAUGAGCACCAACAUCUGAAGUUUAUAGAGCAUAUCACAUUUGGUGUCAAAUGAAAGCUAAGAGUCUAUACUAUUGGGAAAUGAAGGCAUACAGUAUAUAUGUUUUUCAACCAUUUUCCAUCCUAAAAAUAAGGAAUAAGCAAAGGCUUUGAUUUUUGGCCACACAGAUGGAAAAGGGGUCUUAAAAAACAUCUACUAGAAAAAGUCUUAAAAGGCAUUACAAAUACAUCAAAACAAUAAUGUUGAAGGCCCCUGCCAACUAAUAUCAACAUUUAUAUUUAGUUUUGCAGGAAUUAUUUGCCUUCUGUAAGUUUUAGAAAUAUUUCCUAGUGUCUUGUCAUUCUGUUCCCAAAAACCCACAUAUCUUUAAGACAUUUUCUUAUUUAUCUCCCUUAUGAGUAGUGAGAAUUAUGAAAAUUCACAGAAGUGACAACUAAAGGUAGACCUACCAAUUAGUAUAUAUAGUUUACUGAUAACAACUUUGUUUAUCAAGUAUGAAGUGAUUAAAAUGUUUCACUGUGUUACGAAAUUCAGUAACAGAGCUGGUAACAGAGUGACCGAAAAAUCUGUAACAGAGUGACUGCAAUUGAAUUGGCCACAAUGUAUAAUUAUAGUAGUCACAAACCACAGUUGCAGUAGAGCACAGUACAGCACAGUAUAGUAGAACACAGUAAAGUACAGUACAGUACAGCACAGUAGCAUACAGUACAGUAAAGAAAAGUAGAGUAGAGUAGAGUAUAUUUACAGUAGAGCACACAUAAUGUAAUACACUCUACUGAACUCUACUUUUCUUUACUGUAUGUACUCUACUGUGUGCUGCUGUACUGUACUGUAUUAUACUGCUCUACUGUACUGUACUGAACUCUACUCUACUCUACUGUGCUGUGAUGUCCAAACUUGUGAUUGGUGAGGUGUCAGCUAUGACAUGACACCUUGAGUUUGGUUAUCGAACUACAGUAAGUGAGGUGGAUCAACACCUGGCAACAGAAUGAUUGGUACAGAUUUGUUCCGGUCUGGACCAACCAAAUUUGGUCUUGUUUGGCAGCCGAGCUCAUUAGAAUAAUAGCCAGUGUAUAGAAUAAUACCCAAACAUGCAAAGGAGGAUAUUACAAUUUUCUACCUUUGUGUACCGAUUCAGGAUACAUCACCAUGAAGAUAAUUACAUUUAUAAUUCUGCAUUUAUGUAUAGCACAGAUCAAGGACCCAUGAUGUAAUUAUGUUACUAUCAUUCUGUUACCAGGUGUUGAUCCACCUCACUUACUGUAGUUCGAUAACCAAACUCAAGGUGUCAUGUCAUAGCUGACACCUCAUUCUUUCUGCAGACCUCUUUGAAUCUUAAUUCGGAGUAGAUAUUUAACAGAGUUUUUGGAAAACGUUGUCACAUAAAAAACUGAGGGAGAUUUUACUGUCAUUCUGUUUCCAAACUUUGCAUCGUCACUGUUCCUCAAGUAAAUGUGUUUUAUUAACAUUUUCAGUGGCAAUUGUAAAAAGUAGAUUUCUGCAUAUAGGUGUAUGGUUUGUUAAACUUUGCAACCAAUGGUUUUUGCUUGGCAUACAUUUAAAAGUGAAAAAGUGAGUCUCGGCAUCAAUCUGUUAUCGUGGAACUGCCCAGUAGCAAGGGAAAUCCGGCCUUGUAGAGACUUCCUCGGAAUGGUAUUCGCAAAACCAACAAACAUCUUACUCUUUUGAAGGGUGAGUAAAUUCCACAAAUAUGAGCAGUUUAUGGACUUAAUUAAUGUCUAUUUCAAGGCUUUUUAAGCCAUUAAAAUCUCAGCCCCAGGUACACCAAACAUUUCCCCAAAUGCUACUUUUUCUUAAAGGGACACAUCCCCUCUUAAAUAAAGGGAGGUGCAACAUAAAUGGUACAUGCUAAGUUUCUAAGAGGAAUCCUUGGGACAACCCCACCCAAAACCUUAACCCUUACAUUUACUUAACCUUAACCAUAAACCGUACCUAACCCUAACCGUAACCUUAAUCCUUACCUUAACCGUUUUAAAUGUCAACUUCAAUGGGGUGACAUCAGAGUUGGACAUCCCAAGGAUCCCACUUAGACUUUUCCCAUCAGAAAUAGAUUUUGCCAGUCUUGGAUUUUGCCAGUCCAAAUAACGCAGUCAGAACUGGCAGAUAGAUUACAUAAACAUUAUGAAAAUGAAAAGACACAAAGGUUUUAUAACUUUAAGCCAGUGAAAUAUGUAUGUGCUUAUGUCACCUCACACUCGAAGCAGUGCCACAAUAAAGUGAGCAUUUCACGCUCACACUUAUGAUACAGUUUCAUCUCUACGCUUUCGCUCACCUUGAAUUUGAUCUCAUUUUGUUUGCAGAGCCACCAGUGACAGUCAUAAAAAAACUGGAGGACUUGCGCUUUCCAGAAGCGGCUGUGGCAUCAAUGGAUUGUGAGCUAUCAAGGCCUAAUGUUGAAGUGAAAUGGAUGAAGGUAAACAAUUCAUACCCUUUCCAACCAAUAAUUACACUAUUUUGUUAGCAACCUUUCACUCAAUAAUACUAUGGUGAAAAAUAAAGUCAUAUUCAUGGGUUGCACGUCUCGUCACAAUAUUGUUUUGGACGUUAGUUUUAGGACUGAUACCCAGCUGAGCAUGCUACUCAGUGCAGUCUUAAUAGGGGCUGAUUAAGAUUGAGUCUAAAGUGCAUUACUGUGGCUUGGAAACACGAUGACAUUUCAAAAUGAGGCAUAUAUAUUUUUUAUUAAGCCAUCCACCUGGUCAGUCUAUGUCAUUGAAAGAGCAGGUGUCCUAAUAUACACUCAGUGUAUAUACACAUACAUACAUACAGUUAAAGUCGGAUGUUUACAUACACUUAGGUUGGAGUCAUUAAACCUCGUUUUUCAACCACUCCACAAAUUUCUUGUUAAUAAUCUAUAGUUUUGGCAAGUCGAUUAGAACAUCUACUUUGUGCAUGACACAAGUAAUUUUUCCAACAAUUGUUUACAGACAGAUUAUUUCACUUAUAAUUCACUGUAUCACAAUUCCAGUGGGUCAGAAGUUUACAUACACUAAGUUGACUGUGCCUUUAAACAGCUUGGAAAAUUCCAGAAAAUGAUGUCAUGGCUUUAGAAGCUUCUGAUAGGCUAAUUUACAUCAUUUAAGUCAAUUGGAGGUGUACCUGUGGAUGUAUUUCAAGGCCUACCUUCAAACUCAGUGCCCCUUUGCUUGACAUCAUGGGAAAAUCUAAAGAAAUCAGCCAAGACCUCAGAAAGAAAAUUAUAGACCUCCACAAGUCUUGUUCAUCAUUGGGAGCAAUUUCCAAAUGCCUGAAGGUACCACAUUCAUCUGUACAAACAAUAGUAUGCAAGUAUAAACACAAUGGACCACGCAGCCGUCAUACCGCUCAGGAAAAAGGGGGUUGCUUGCAAGCCGAAGAACACCAUCCCAACCGUGAAGCAUGGGGGUGGCAGCAUCAUGCUGUGGGGGUGCUUUGCUGCAGGAGGGACUGGUGCACUUCACAAAACAGAUGGCAUCAUGAGGAAGGAAAAUUAUGUGGAUAUAUUGAAGCAACAUCUCAAGACAUCAGUCAGGAAGUUAAAGCUUGGUCGCAAAUGGGUCUUCCAAAUGGAUAAUGACCCCAAGCAUACUUCCAAAGUUGUGGCAAAAUGGCUUAAGGACAACAAAGUCAAGGUAUUGGAGUGGCCAUCACAAAGCCCUGACCUCAAUCCUAUAGAAAAUGUGUGGGCAGAACUGAAAAAGCGUGUGCGAGCAAGGAGGCCUACAAACCUGACUCAGUUACACCAGCUCUGUCAGGAGGAAUGGGCCAAAAUUAACCCAGCUUAUUGUGGGAAGUUUGUGGAAGGCUACCCAAAAUGUUUGACCCAAGUUAAACAAUUUAAAGGCAAUGCUACCAAAUACUAAUUGAGUGUAUGUAAACUUCUGACCCACUGGGAAUGUGAUGAAAGAAAUACAAGCUGAAAUAAAUCAUUCUCUCUACUAUUAUUCUGACAUUUCACAUUCUUAAAAUAAAGUGGUGAUCCUAACUGCCCUAAAACAGGGAAUUUUUACUAGGAUUAAAAACUGAAAAACUGAGUUUAAAUGUAUUUGGCUAAGGUGUAUGUAAACUUCCGACUUCAACUGUACAUACAUACAUAUAUAGCAUUCGGAAAGUAUUCAGACCCCUUGACUUUUUCCACAUUUUGUUACGUUACAGCCUUGUUCUAAAAUGGAUUAAAUUGUUUUUUUUCCCUCAUCAAUCUACACACAAUACCCCAUAAUGACAGGUUGUAAGAAUUGUUUUGCACAAAACAAAAGUAUUCAGACCCUUUACUCAGUACUUUGUUGAAGCACCUUUGGCAGUGAUUACAGCCUCGAGUCUUCUUGGGUAUAACGCUAUAAGCUUGGCACACCUGUAUUUGGGGAGUUUCUCCCAUUCUUCUCUGCAGAUCCUCUCAAGCUCUGUCAGGUUGGAUGGGGAGCGUCGCUGUAGAGCAAUUUAUAGGUCUCUCCAGAGAUGUUCGACCGGGUUCAAGUCCGGGCUCUGGCUGGGACACUCAAGGACAUUCAGAAACUUGUCCAGAAGCCACUCCUGGGUUGUCUUGGCUUUGUACUUAGGGUCCUUGUCCUGUUGGAAGGUGAACAUUCGCCCCAGUCUGAGGUCCUGAGUGCUCUGUAGCAGGUUUUCAUCAAGGAUCUCUCUGUGCUUUGCUCCGUUCAUCUUUCCCUCGAUCCUGACUAGUCUCCCAGUCCCGCUGAAAAAUAUCCCCAGAGCAUGAUGCUGCCACCACCAUGCUUCACCGUAGGGAUGGUGCCAGGUUUCCUCCAGACAUGACGCUUGGCAUUCAGGCCAAACAGUUCAAUCUUGGUUUCAUCAGACCAGAGAAUCUUGUUUCUCAUGGUCUGAGAGUCUUUAGGUGCCUUUUGGCAAACUCCAAGCGGGCUGUCAUGUGCCUUUUACUGAGGAGUGGCUUCCGUCUGGCCACUCUACCAUAAUGGCCUGAUUGGUGGUGUGCUGCAGAGAUGGUUGGCCUUCUGGAAGGUUCUCCCAUCUCCACAAUCGGGUUCUUGGUCACCUCCCUGACCAAGGCCCUUCUCCCCCGAUUGUUCAGUUUGGGUCUUGGUGGUUCCAAACUUCUUCCAUUUAAGAAUGAUGGCCAUUAUGUUCUUGUGGACCUUCAAUGCUGCAGACAUUUUUUGGUACUCUUCACCAGAUCUGUGCCUCGACACAAUCCUGUCUCGGAGCUCUACGGACGAUUCCUUCAAUCUCAUGGGUUGGUUUUUGCUCUGACAUGCACUGUCAACUGUGGGACCUUAUAUAGACAGGUGUGUGCCUUUCCAAAUAAUGUCCAAUCAAUUGAAUUUACCCCAGGUGGACUCCAAUCAAGUUGUAGAAACAUCUCAAUGAUGAUCAAUGGAAACAGGAUGCAACUGAGCUCAAUUUCGAGUCUCAUAGCAAAGGGUCUGAAUACUUAUGUAAAUAAGGUAUUUCAGUUUUGUAUUUUUUAUAAAUUUGCAAACAUUUCUAAAAACCUGUUUUCACUUUGUCAUUAUGGGGUAUUGUGUGUAGAUUGAUGAGAAAAAAAUAUAUAAAAAUAAAUAAUAUGAAAUAAAUUUUAGAAUUUUAGAAUAAGGCUGUAACAUAACAAUAUGUGGAAAAAGUCAAGCUACUUUCCGAAUGCACUGUACAUACAUACAUACAUAUAAUGAACAAAAAUAGAAACGCAACAUGCAACAAUUUCAAAGAUCUUACAGAGUUUCAGUUCAUAUGAGGAAAUAAGUCAAUUGAAAUAAAUCCAUUAGGCCCUAAUCUAUGCAUUUCACAUAACUGGGAAUACAGAUAUGCAUCUGUUGGUCACGAAUACUUUUUAAAAAAUGGGCCUCACGAUGGGCCUUAGGAUUUCGUCAUGGUAUUUUUGUGCAUUCAAAUUGCCAUCGAUAAAAUGCAAUUGUGUUCGUUGUCCAUAGUUUAUGCCUGCCCAUACCAUAACUCCACCGCCACCAUGGUGCACUCUGUUCACAACGUUGACAUCAGCAAACCACUCGCCCACACGACGCCAUACACAUGGUCUAAGGUUGUGAGGCCGGUUGGACGUACUGCAAGAAUUCUCUAAAACAACGUUUGAGGUGGAUAAUGGUAGAGAAAUUAACAUUACAUUUUCUGGCAACAGCUCUGGUGGACAUUCCUGCAGUCAGUAUUUCAAUUGCACGCUCCCUCAAAACUUGAGACAUUUGUGGCGUUGUGUUGUGUGACAUAACUGCACAUUUUAAAGUGGCCUUUUAUUGUCCCCAGCACAAGGUGCACCUGUGUAAUGAUCAUGAUGUUUAAUCAGCUUCUUGAUAUGCCACACCUGUCAUGUGGAUGGAUUAUCUUGGCAAAGGAGAAAUGCUCACUAACAGGGAUGUAAACAAAGUUGUGCACAUCAUUUGAGAGAAAUAAGCUUUUUAUGCGCAUGGAACAUUUCUGGGAUCAUUUAUUUCAGCUCAUUAAACAUAGGACCAACACUUUACAAGUUGCAUAUAUAUUUUUGUACAGUAUACAUACAUUAGAUUUUACUACGGUAUACAUUAUAUUAUAUGUAGUGUUUUCAAUAAUACCAUUCCCGAUCAUGAGCUCUUUAAUUCCACCCCUCAGCUACUCUCAGCCCAUCCCACCUAUCACCGUAGACCACCCUCGUUUGGUUUCCAUGUGCCAUAUAUUUUAACUGUGCUGUAAUGUUUUACAUUAAUUUUGAACCUUUCUAAUCGCAUAGUAUCCACAGAUUGUGAGUUAAGAUGAAAACCUUUCCUAGGAAUAUUAUUAUAUUGUUGAUUGAUUGUCUAUGGCUUUCAAAAUAAUUAGUAGGACAAGCUUUUGUCAUCAUUGUGAUGUUGCCAGAUUGACUUUAGAUGCAGUACAAUUUUAGCUAGCUAGCUAAAAUUGAGGGAAGAGCACCGGAAUUGUAGCUAGCUAACGUUAGUAUUGCUAGCUAUUUCUGACAAACUUUGCAAGCUCAUGGCAACAUUGCAUUAUCUCUAAAGUAAACUUGACGACGUCAUAAUGAUGCCAAAGUUGUUUUCAUACUAAUUAUUUGCCUACUUUAGCAAUGUCAUCGUAUUUCCAGGCCACUAUUGUGUAAUGUUUACCGAACAGUCAUUAGCCACCGUUCAGAAAGACUGAGCAUUAACCAUCAGUCGUACAUCAAUAAACUGCAGCAUCUGUAGAACGUUGAUAACAAUGGCAGCGACUCGACCGAGUGACGGGAGUGCAACCCAUGAAUAGCUAGGUUUGUAAAAUACAACAUCUACAAAAAAAAGUAUGUUUACUUAUACAUUAUUAAUUUACUAAAAUGAUAUGACACAUUUAAAUAAUAAUAAAAUGUGGAGAUGAUGAAUAUUUCUCAAUUAAAAAUGUUUUAUCUUCAGAAUGGGAUCAAGGUUAUACCGCGCAAGGAUUUGCGUACUUAUGCUAUGGGAAGAAAACACUAUUUCCAAAUCCUGAAGUGUGAAGUCAGUGAUUCUGGCACAUACACAUGUGACGCUGGAGACUCCAGUACAUCCUGCAAUAUAGAGGUCUACGGUACUGUCUGCCGCCUUAAUAAUCUCCCAUAUGAACAAUAUUUUGAUGACUAACUAAAUGUAUAAUAUCACCUGCUAGUCAUUCAUUGCCUCACCUCUAGGUUUGAUUAGAUAGGUUUUGUAGAUUUGAUUAGAUAUACUGUACUUUAUGGUAACACUUCAGUGUUAAAGUAUGACAACACUUUACAGUGUUAGGGCUCUAUUUUCUGCUGGUGUUAAGGCGGCGCUAGUGUCAAACGCAUGUUAGUUUUACAAUUUCGUCAUGUAAAAUCUGUCACACUGGCAUUUUCCAGCCCUAACACCAGGUUCGGCAAUUUACCUGUCUUAUAUCAGCUCGGUUGCGCUCAGAUAGGCGGGGUGGACAUAUUUGAGGUGUGUCCUUAAAAACAUGAUCCAAAGUGCUAAUUUCAGGCAGCACUGAUAGGGAUAUUUAUGACCAACCAAAAGCUGGUUUUAGCGGUAACGCAGUUGGUUAUGGAAUGAAUUUUGAUAGCGGAAACACAGCCUAUCCAGCCGUGACACACACUGCCUAUAUGCGCAUGGAACAAGAGUACCCUAAUGUGCUUUUGGUGCCUGUAUACUUUGUAUUUAGAAACAUACAAAUAAAAAUAAAAAAAUAUUUUUUUUUUGUUUAAAACCAAGAAUAGCCUCCCCUCAAGGAAGGUUUUUUUUUUUUUGUCUGCCCAAUGCAAUCGCGAAUUAGUCAAGACUGUCGAUAAAGACUUUGGCUCCUAAAACCACUUGGGAAUACAUUACAUUAAACUCAUUUAGCAGACGCUCUUAUCCAGAGUGAUUUACAGUUAGCGCAUACAUUAUUAUUAUUACAAUACAACAUUCAAAACAUGAAAACAUAACUAUAUAAAACCAUUAAAUACAGUUGGAUUGUACAGUAAUUACAACUCUCAAACUGUUUCCGUCUAACAGCAAAACAACAAGAAAGUUGGAUUAACACAUUUAGAUUGUACAUACUGCACUUUGCCUUUGCAUUACCCAUUAAGUUGUUUAAGGUCAUAUAAAGGCAGGGUGCAGUAUCUGCAUUUAAGGGGUCAUAGGUCAAAUCAGUGGUCAUUGUUGAUAUGUAUAAAAAUUACUUGAUAAUAAGAUGAUACAUCAGUGCAUUAUCACUUAUCUACCUAUAACAUAUCUGGCUGGCUAGUAAAACUACUUGAAAGCCAUUUUCUCCGUUUCACCGUUGGCAUAGUUACUGAGUUUUGCCUUUGUAGGGCAGUAUUGUUACAUGGGAUCUUUUUACAUUUUAAUAAUAUAUUUUUUAAAUGCCCUUUUCCAACUAUUUUCUUGUUUUGAAAGGGUGAUACAAACACCAAUAAGAAAGACAUAUAGCAUCAACCUACUAAAAUCCUCAAAUGACGUGUUGACGUGAGAGCUUAUGUCUUUACCUCCCUCGGCAGAACGGGAGCUUGUGGUCCUGCAAGGCCUGGAGGACCUGGACAUACAGGAGGACCAGAAUGCUGUGUUUGUGGUUGAGAUCUCCCUGGAGGAUGUGCCUGGAGAGUGGUUAAAAAAUGGAGUGAGAAUUACACCAACCAGCACCAUCAAGAUCCGUCAGGAAGGUCAUCCUUACAAUCGUUAUCAUCUCUUAUGACAAGUUUUAAUACUUUUGGGGUUUACACUUUAUAAUAACUUUAAUAUAUAAAGCCUUUCUUACAAAUUAUGAUAUACACUACCAGUCAAAAGUUUGGACACACUUACUCAUUCAAGGGUUUUUCUUUAUUUUUACUAUUUUUUACAUUGUAGAAUAAUAGUGAAGAUAUCAAAACUAUGAAAUAACACAUAUAAAAUCAAGUGUUAAACAAAUCAAAAUACACUACCGUUCAAAAAUUUAGGGUCACUUAGAAAUAUCCUUGUUUUCGAAAGAAAAGCAAAUGUUUUGCCCAAUAAAAUAACAUCAAAUUGAUCAGAAAUACAGUGUAGACAAUGUUAAUGGCUAUUGUAGCUGGAAACGGCAGAUUUUUUAUGGAAAAUCUACAUAGGUGUACAGAGGCCCAUUAUCAGCAACCAUCAGUCCUGUGUUCCAAUGCUACGUUGUGUUUGCUAAUCCAAGUUUAUCAUUUUAAAAGGCUAAUUGAUCAUUAGAAAACCAUUUUGCAAUUAUGUUAGCACAGCUGAAAACUGUUGUGCUGAUUAAAGAAGCAAUAAAUUGUCCUUCUUAAGACUAGUUGAGUAUCUGGAGCAUCAGCAAUUGUGGGGUCGAUUACAGGAUCAAAUUGGCCAGAAACAAAUCACUUUCUUCUAAAACUCUAUUCAGUCUAUUCUUGUUCUGAGAAAUGAAGGUUAUUCCAUGCCAGAAAUUGCCAAGAAACGGAAGAUCUCGUACAACGCUGUGUACUACUCCCUUCACAGAACAGCGCAAACUGGCUCUAACCAGAAUAGAAAGAGGAGUGGGAGGCCCCGGUGCACAACUGAUUAAGAGGACAAAUACAUUCGAGUGUCUAGUUUGAGAAACAGGUGCCUCACAGGUCCUCAACUGGCAGCUUCAUUAAAUAGUACCCGCAAAACACCAGUCUCAACGUCAACAGUGAAGAGGCGACUCCGGGAUGCUGACCUUUUAGGCAGAGUUGCAAAGAAAAGGCCAAAUCUCAGACUGCCCAUCUUAAUCUUUUCUUUUUAUUGGCCAGUCUGAGAUAUGGCUUGUGUGAGGUAUGCUAACAUAAUUGCAAAAGGGUUUUCUAAUGAUCAAUCAGCCUUUUAAAAUGAUAAACUUGGAUUAACAAACACAACGUGCCAUUGGAACGCAGGACUGAUGGUUGCUGAUAAUGGGCCUCUGUACGCUUAUGUAGAUAUUCCAUUAAAAAGCAGCAGUUUCCAGCUACAAUAGCCAUUUACAACAUUAACAAUGUCUACACUGUAUUUCUGAUCAAUUUGAUGUUAUUUUAAUGGACAAAAAAAUUGCUUUUCUUUCGAAAACAAGGACAUUUCUAAGUGACCCAAAACUUGUGAACGGUAGUGUAUAUUUUAUUUUUGAGAUUCUUCAAAUAGCCACCCUUUGCCUUGAUGACAGCUUUGCACACUCUUGGCAUUCUCUCAACCAGCUUCAUGAGGUAGUCACCUGGAAUGCAUUUCAAUUAACAGGUGUGCCUUCUUAAAAGUUAAUUUGUGUAAUUCCUUUCCUUCUUAAUGCGUUUCAGCCAAUCAGUUGUGUUGUGACAAGGUAGGGGGGGUAUACAGAAGAUAGCCCUAUUUGGUAAAAGUCCAAGUCCAUAUUAUGGCAAGAACAGCUCAAAUAAGCAAAGAGAAAUGACAGUCCAUUACUUUAAGAAAUGAAGGUCAGUCAAUCAGGAACAUUUCAAGAACUUUGAAAGUUUCUUCAAGUGCAGUCGCAAAAACCAUCAAGCGCUAUGAUGAAACUGGCUCUCAUGAGGACCGCCACAGGAAUGGAAGACCCAGAGUUACCUCUGCUGCAGAGGAUCAGUUAAUUAGAGUUACCAGAAGCAGAAAUUGCAUCAUCAAAUAAAUGCUUCACAGAGUUCAAGUCAUGACGAAUGGACGUGGCGAUGAGGGUAUCAAGGUCCAUCUCGUGGUCCCGACAUGCGAGUUCCAUCGUGAUGUCCUCCCGUAAGCCUCUCCUGAAGGCCGGAAGUCGCUGCCACCAUGCGAAAGCUCAGGGCGUACUCGAACGCGGCCUCCUCUCCCUGUUGUAGCCGGAGGAGACGCUCACCCCCGUCGUUUCCCUCCGUGGGAUGAUCGAACACCGCCCUGAACCGAGCGAGGAAUGUGGAGUAGGGGAGCGCCGCGGCCUCACCUCCUUCCCAGACUGCCGUGGACCAAUCCAGCGCCUUUCCCUUUAGUAGUGAAAUCACCAGCGCUAUCCUGGCUUGGUCUGAUGGAGAUGCCCCACGCUGAAGUGCCAGAUACAGUGAGAGCUGAAGCAGGAAGCCUCUACAUUUAGUUGUUUUCCCAUCAUAGCGCUCCGGCAGGGCGAGGGGUCCCUCAGACGUUGGUGAUAGCAUGGGAAGAGGGGGACUGGGUGCACUCGCCGCCUCCUGAGGUGGAACCGGAGCGAUGGUCAGUUUAUGCACCGUUUGGAGCUCUUCCUGCAUGGCGGUGUUCAGCUGGGAAAUAUGCUGCUGGUGCUGGUCGAGGCGCUGGGAAACUCCAGGAGGAUUACCUGCUGCAUCCAUCUUUGUGAUUGGUGUGUGAUUCUGUGAUGAGUACUAAGUAUACGAAGAGGCAGGACUCAGACGCAGGAAUCAACAAUGUAAAGGUUUACUUAACACUGAGCAAGAGAACAACAAAGAGAGAGUACACGACAUGUCACUAACAAUCACACACAACACAACACUGAACAGUCCCGGGCUAUAUAGGGGGGGGUGAUGAGAUGAUGAGGUGCAGGUGCGCUGGAGGUGAUUAGGGUGCGUUGGGUUUCCAUUCUGGUGUUGCCGAGGUGGUGUACUCAGACCGGUGGCUCAGUAGACCGGCUAAUCAGAGCGCCGGAGGGGAGCAACGGGAGGAGACGUGACAACCACAGCAUUCUGCAGCGAUACGCCAUCCCAUCUGGUUUGGGCUUAGUGGACUAUCAUUUGUUUUUCAACAGGACAAUGACCCAACACACCUCCAGGCUAUGUAAGGGCUAUUUUACCAAGAAGGAGAGUGAUGGAGUGCUGCAUCAGAUGACCUGGCCUCCACAAUCCCCCAACCUCAACCCAAUUGAGAUGGUUUGGGAUGAGUCGGACAGCAGAGUGAAGGAAAAGCAGCCAACAAGUGCUAAGCGUAUGUAGGAACUCCUUCAAGACUGUUGGAAAAGCAUUCCAGGUGAAUCUGGUUGAGAGAAUGCCAAGAGUGUGCAAAGCUGUCAUCAAGGCAAAGGGUGGCUAUUUGAAGAAUCUCAAAUAUAAAAUAGAUGUUGAUUUGUUUAAGACUUUUUUGGUUGCUAUAUGAUUCCAUAUGUGUUAUUUCAUAGUUUUGAUGUCUUCACUAUUAUUCUACAAUGUAGAAAAUAGUAAAAACAAAGAAAAACCCUUGAAUGAGUAGGUGUGUCCAAACUCUUCACUGGUACUGUAUGUUAUCCAUGCAUAUGCAUUUUAAUGCUUAUAAAGGUGUUUAUAAAUGUUUACAAAUAAUGAUAUACUAAUGUAUCAAUAGUGUAUGUGCAGUAUUUAUAGUUAGUAAUGAAAGUUAUUAUAAAGUGUUACCUACCUACCUUUGAAAACGUACAUUUUUCUGUCUUGAUCCAGUAAGACAUCUAUAAGACAUCUGACUAGGAUUGAAAUAUUAUAUCAAAGUCUGUGCAUGUUGAUCUGUAGAUAGCGCCAAUACUCUUUAUGAGCCACUAAUUUAUUUAUACAUACAUUAUAGGUAUUUAUAUACACUGCUCAAAAAAAUAUAGGGAACACUAAAAUAACACAUCCUAGAUCUGAAUGAAUGAAAUAAUCUUAUUAAAUACUUUUUUCUUUACAUAGUUGAAUGUGCUGACAACAAAAUCACACAAAAAUUAUCAAUGGAAAUCAAAUUUAUCAACCCAUGGAGGUCUGGAUUUGGAGUCACCCUCAAAAUUAAAGUGGAAAACCACACUACAGGCUGAUCUAACUUUGAUGUAAUGUCCUUAAAACAAGUCAAAAUGAGGCUCAGUAGUGUGUGUGGCCUCCACGUGCCUGUAUGACCUCCCUACAAUGCCUGGGCAUGCUCCUGAUGAGGUGGCGGAUGGUCUCCUGAGGGAUCUCCUCCCAGACCUGGACUAAAGCAUCCGCCAACUCCUGGACAGUCUGUGGUGCAACGUGGCGUUGGUGGAUGGAGCGAGACAUGAUGUCCCAGAUGUGCUCAAUUGGAUUCAGGUCUGGGGAACGGGCGGGCCAGUCCAUAGCAUCAAUGCCUUCCUCUUGCAGGAACUGCUGUCACAGCAUAUGGUCUCACAAGGGGUCUGAGGAUCUCAUCUCGGUACCUAAUGGCAGUCAGGCUACCUCUGGCGAGCACAUGGAGGGCUGUGCGGUCCCCCAAAGAAAUGCCACCCCACACCAUGACUGACCCACCGACAAACCGGUCAUGCUGGAGGAUGUUGCAGGCAGCAGAACGUUGUCCACGGCGUCUCCAGACUCUGUCACGUCUGUCACGUGCUCAGUGUGAACCUGCUUUCAUCUGUGAAGAGCACAGGGCGCCAGUGGCGAAUUUGCAAAUCUUGGUGUUCUCUGGCAAAUGCCAAACGUCCUGCACGGUGUUGGGCUGUAAGCACAACCCCCACCUGUGGACGUCGGGCCCUCAUACCACCCUCAUGGAGUCUGUUUCUGACCGUUUGAGCAGACACAUGCACAUUUGUGGCCUGCUGGAGGUCAUUUUUCAGGGCUCUGGCAGUGCUCCUCCUGCUCCUCCUUGCACAAAGGCGGAGGUAGCAGUCCUGCUGCUGGGUUGUUGCCCUCCUACGGCCUCCUCCACGUCUCCUGAUGUACUGGCCUGUCUCCUGGUAGCGCCUCCAUGCUCUGGACACUACGCUGACAGACACAGCAAACCUUCUUGCCACAGCUCGCAUUGAUGUGCCAUCCUGGAUGAGCUGCACUACCUGAGCCACUUGUGUGGGUUGUAGACUCCGUCUCAUGCUACCACUAGAGUGAAAGCACCGCCAGCAUUCAAAAGUGACCAAAACAUCAGCCAGGAAGCAUAGGAACUGAGAAGUGGUCUGUGGUCACCACCUGCAAAAGUAGUCCUUUAUUGGGGGGUGUCUUGCUAAUUGCCUAUAAUUUUCACCUGUUGUCUAUUCCAUUUGCACAACAGCAUGUGAAAUGUAUUGUCAAUCAGUGUUGCUUCCUAAGUGGACAGUUUGAUUUCACAGAAGUGUGAUUGACUUGGAGUUACAUUGUGUUGUUUAAGUGUUCCCUUUAUUUUUUUGAGCAGUGUAUGUUUGAAUAGUCGAGGAUCAACUAUGAGUGUUUAAAACAAAUGUUAUGAUGCAUUUUACCACCUGUAAUAAGUGCUUAUAACACAUUUUAUAAUGCCCUGUGGGGUGACACUUGGCACCUUAAAGCUAGAAUCCUUAGUUGCCUCAACCAUUUUUUGACUUAUAAAUUCAUGAUAUACCGGUAUACCCAUUGAUUCUUGAAGAAUAUAACUUAUAAAUGCCACAUGAGCUUAGUUCAACUGUCGUACCUCAUAAGAACCCAAGAUAUGAGCUUGUUUUACUCCAAUGUUUAUAAACAACGUAAAUGUAAACAAACAUUGUAUAGCCUCAAAACAUGGUUAAAACUAUACAUUUUAUAUAAUGUAUGGUCAGUCCUUGCAUCCAUAGCUGUCUAUGAAUUUGAGAGUGGUUACAUUUCUCCAGCCCUUAGCUUUUUAGCGAAACAGGGGCGGGGAGGGCACUUUCUUAUUGUUUAAAUUAAGGAUUCUAGCUUUAAGUGCAUGUGUAAUGCUUUAUGAACAUGCGGCUCUUAGAAACAUGACUUUAAAUUCUCAACACACUAAUAUAGCUGGAAAACAAAUUAAGCUUCUAUGGUAACUGAUUUUGCAUGUCUUUUUAGGGACCAAGCAUUUUCUUCUAAUGUGCAAUGUGAGAGGAGAGGACUCCGGAGAGAUCAAGUUUGUCGCGAAACACUUAGAAUGCACAGCCUAUCUGGAGGUGGAGGGUAAUAUGAUUACUUCUUCUGUGUAUUCCCACUCCUUUCAUACUUGUGUGGUUUUGUUGAACGGAUAGGACAGUGAAGAGACAGGAAAGGUAGGAGAAGUGCGAGUCGGAGGGGCAGUGGUUCGAUUUCAAACCCCUGUCACCUCUGGUAGAACUAACUACUCUAGACCAUGCAGGCCUCCUCCUUUCCUGUACACAUGAAAUGUAGUCAAAUCUCCUGACACAAUGUAGGCAGGAAAAUACUGCCUCACAUUUAAAUAUCAGGUAAACUCAUACAGUUGAAGUCUGAAUUCUACAUACACCUUAGCCAAAUACAUUUAAACUCAGUUUUUCACCAUUCCUGACAUUUAAUCCUAGUAAAAAUUCCCUGUCUUAGGUCAGUUAGGAUCACCACUUUAUUUUAAGAAUGUGAAAUGUCAGAAUAAUAGUAUAGAGAAUGAUUUAUUUCAGCUUUUAUUUAUUUCAUCACAUUACCAGUGGGUCAGAAGUUUACUUACACUCAAUUAGUAUUUGGUAGCAUUGCCUUUAACUUGUUUAACUUGGGUCAAACGUUUCGGGUAGCCUUCCACAAGCUUCCCACAAUAAGUUGGGUGAAUUUUGGCCCAUUCCUCCUGACAGAGUUGGUGUAACUGAGUCAGGUUUGUAGGCCUCCUUGCUCGCACACACUUUUUCAGUUCUGCCCACAAAUGUUCUAUAGGAUUGAGGUCAGGGCUUUGUGAUGGCCACUCCAAUACCUUGACUUUGUUGUCCUUAAGCCAUUUUGCCACAACUUUGGAAGUAUGCAUGGGGUCAUUGUCCAUUUGGAAGACCCAUUUGCGACCAAGCUUUAACUUCCUGACUGAUGUCUUGAGAUGUUGCUUCAAUAUCUCCACAUAAUUUUCCUUCCUCUUGAUGCCAUCUAUUUUGUGGAGUGCACCAGUCCCUGCUGCAGCAAAGCACCCCCACAGCAUGAUGCUGCCACCCCCGUGCUUCACGGUUGGGAUGGUGUUCUUUGGCUUGCAAGUCACCCUCUUGUUCCUCCAACCAUAAUGAUGGUCAUUAUGGCCAAACAGUUCUAUUUUUGUUUCAUCAGACCAGAGGACAUUUCUCCAAAAAGUACGAUCUUUGUCCCCAUGUGCAGUUGCAAACCGUAGUCUGGCUUUUUUAUGGCGGUUUUGGAGCAGUGGCUUGUUCCUUGCUUAACGGCCUUUUAGGUUAUGUCGAUAUAGGACUCGUUUUGCUGUGGAUAUAGAUACUUUUGUACCUGUUUCCUCCAGCAUCUUCACAAGGUCCUUUGCUGUUAUUCUGGGAUUGAUUGAGACAGAACGCGUCUCCUUCCUGAGCGGUAUGUUGGCUGCGUGGUCCCAUGGUGUUUAUACUUGCGUACUAUUGUUUGUACUGAUGAACGUGGUACCUUCAGGCAUUUGGAAAUUGCUCCCAAGGCUGAAUCAGACUUGUAGAGGUCUACAAUUUUUUUUCUGAGGCCUUGGCUGGUUUCUUUUGAUUUUCCCAAAGAGGUACUGAGUUUGAAGUUAGGCCUUGAAAUGCAUCCACACGUACACCUUCAAUUGACUCAAAUGAUGUCAAUUAGCCUAUCAGAAGCUUCUAAAGCCAUGACAUCAUUUUCUGGAAUUUCCCAAGCUGUUUAAAGGCACAGUCAACUUAGUGUAUGUAAACUUCUGACCCACUGGAAAUGUAAUACAGUGAAUUAUAAGUGAAAUAAUCUGUCUGUAAACAAUUGUUGGAAAAAUUACUUGUGUCAUGCGCAAAGUAGAAGUCCUAACCGACUUGCUAAAACUAUUUGUGGAGUGGUUGAAAAACGAGUUUUAUUGACUCCAACCUAAGUGUAUGCAAACUUCUGACUUCAACUGUACCUGUAGCUCAGUUGUUAGCGCAUGGGCCUUGCAAUGCUAGGAUAGUUGGAUUGAUUCCAGUGUACACGUAUACAUAAAAUGUAUGCACUCACAACUAAGUUGCUUUGGAUAAAAGUGUUCAAAUUGCAUAUUAUAUACAGUGAGGGAAAAAUGUAUUUGAUCCCCUGCUGAUUUUGUAAGUUUGCCCACUGACAAAGCCAUGAUCAGUCUAUCAUGUUAAUGGUAAGUUUAUUUGAACAGUGAGAGACAGAAUAACAACAAAAAAAUCCAGAAAAAUGCAUGUCAAAAAUGUUAUUAAUUGAUUUGCAUUUUAAUGAGGGAAAUAAGUAUUUGACCCCUCUGCAAAACAUGAUUUAGUACUUGGUGGCAAAACCCUUGUUGGCAAUCACAGAGGUCAGACGUUUCUUGUAGUUGGCCACCAGGUUUGCACACAUCUCAGGAGGGAUUUUGUCCCACUCCUCUUUGCAGAUCUUCUCCAAGUCAUUAAGAUUUUGAGGCUGACGUUUGGCAGCUCGAACCUUCAGCUCCCUCCACAGAUGUUCUAUGGGAUUAAGGUCUGGAGACUGGCUAGGCCUCUCCAGGACCUUAAUGUGCUUCUUCUUGAGCCACUCCUUUGUUGCCUUGGCCGUGUGUUUUGGGUCAUUGUCAUGCUGGAAUACCCAGCCACGACCCAUUUUCAAUGCCCUGGCUAAGGGAAGGAGGUUCUCACCCAAGAUUUGACGGUACAUGGCCCCGUCCAUCGUCCCUUUGAUGCAGUGAAGUUGUCCUGUCCCCUUAGCAGAAACACACCCCCAAAGCAUAAUAUUUCCACCUCCAUGUUUGACGGUGGGGAUGGUGUUCUUGGGGUCAUAGGCAGCAUUCCUCCUCCUCCAAACACGGCGAGUUGAGUUGAUGCCAAAGAGCUCAAUUUUGGUCUCAUCUGACCACAACACUUUCACCCAGUUCUCCUCUGAAUCAUUCAGAUGUUCAUUGGCAAACUUCAGACGGGCCUGUAUGUGUGCUUUCUUGAGCAGGGGGACCUUGUGGGCGCUGCAGGAUUUCAGUCCUUCACGGCGUAGUGUGUUACCAAUUGUUUUCUUGGUGACUAUGGUCCCAGCUGCCUUGAGAUCAUUGACAAGAUCCUCCCGUGUAGUUCUGGGCUGAUUCCUCACCGUUCUCAUGAUCAUUGCAACUCCACGAGGUGAGAACUUACAUGGAGCCCCAGGCCGAGGGAGAUUGACAGUUCUUUUGUGUUUCUUCCAUUUGCGAAUAGUCGCACCAACUGUUGUCACCUUCUCACCAAGCUGCUUGGCGAUGGUCUUGUAGCCCAUUCUAGCCUUGUGUAGGUCUACAAUCUUUUUUCCCUGACAUCCUUGGAGAGCUCUUUGGUCUUGGCCAUGGUGGAGAGUUUGGAAUCUGAUUGAUUGAUUGCUUCCGCGGACAGGUGUCUUUUAUACAGGUAACAAACUGAGAUUAGGAGCACUCCCUUUAAGAGUGUGCUCCUAAUCUCAGCUCGUUACCUGUAUAAAAGACACCUGGGAGCCAGAAAUCUUUCUGAUUGAGAGGGGGUCAAAUACUUAUUUCCCUCAUUAACAUGCAAAUCAAUUUAUAACGUUUUUGACAUGCAUUUUUCUGGAUUUUUUUGUUGUUAUUCUGUCUCUCACUGUUCAAAUAAACCUCCCAUUAAAAUUAUAAACUGAUCAUGUCUUUGUUAGUGGGCAAACGUACAAAAUCAGCAGGGGAUCAAAUACUUUUUUCCCUCACUGUAUAUAUAUAUAUAUAUAUAUACAGUACCAGUCAAAAGUUUGGACACAUCUACUCAUUCCAGGGUUUUUCCUUAUUUUUACUAUUUUUAACAUUGUGGAAUCAUGUAGUAACCAGAAAAGUGUUAAACAAAUAUAUAUAUAUUAUUUUAGAUUCUUCAAAGUAGCCACCCUUUGCCUUCAUGACAGCUUUGCACACUCUUGGCAUUCUCUCAACCAGCUUCAUGAGGUAGUCACCUGGAAUGCAUUUUAAUUAACAGGUGUUCCUUGUUAAUUUGUGGAAUUUCUUUCCUUCUUAGUGCAUUUGAGCCAAUCAGUUGUGUUGUGACAAGGUAGGGGUGGCAUACAGAAGAUAGCCCUAUUUGGUAAAAGACCAAGCCCAUAUUAUGACAAGAACAGCUCAAAUAAGCAAAGAGAAACGACAGUCCAUCAUUACUUUAAGACAUGAAGGUCAGUCAAUCAGGAACAUUUCAAGAACUUUGAAAGUUUCUUAAAGUGCAGUCGCAAAAACCAUCAAGCACUAUGAUGAAACGGGCUCUCAUGAGGACUGCCACAGGAAUGGAAGACCCAGAGUUACCUCUGCUGCAGAGGAUACGUUCAUUAGAGUUAACUGCACCUCAGAUUGCAACCCAAGUAAAUGCUUCACAGAGUUCAAGUAACAGACUCAUCUCAACACCAACUGUUCAGAGGAGACUGCGUGAAUCAGGCCUUCAUGGUCGAAUUGCUGCAAAUAAACCACUACUAAAGGACACCAAUAAUAAGAAGAGACUUGUUUGGGCCAAGAAACACGAGCAAUGGACAUUAUACCGGUGGAAAUCUGUCUUUUGGUCUGAUGAGUCUUUGUGAGACGCAGAGUAGGUGAACGGAUGAUCUCUGCAUGUGUGGUUCCCACCAUGAAGCAUGGAGAAGGAGGUGUUAUGGUGUGGGGGUGCUUUGCUGGUGACACUGUCGGUGAUUUAUUUAGAAUUCAAGGCACACUUCAUCAGCAUGGCUACUACAGAAUUCUGCAGCGAUACGCCAUCCCAUCUGGUUUGCGCUUAGUGGGACUAUCAUUUGUUUUUCAACAGGACAAUUACCCAACACACAGCUCCAGGCUGUUUAAGGGCUAUUUGACCAAUGAGAGUGAUGGAGUGCUGCAUCAGAUGACUUGGCCUCCACAAUCACCCGACCUCAACCCAAUUGAGAUGGUUUGGGAUGAGUUGGACCACAGAGGGAAGGAAAAGCAGCCAACAAGUGCUCAGCAUAUGUGGGAAAGCAUUCCUCAUGAAGCUGGUUGAGAGAAUGCAAAGAGUGUGCAAAGCUGUCAUCAAGUCAAAGGGUGGCUACUUUGAAGAAUAAAAAAUAAAAAAUAUAUUUUGAAUUGUUUAACACUUUCUUGGUUACUACAUGAUUCCAUAUGUGUUAUUUCAUAGUUUUGAUGUCUUCAGUAUUAUUACACAAUGUAGAAAAUAGUACAAAUAAAGAAAAACCCUUGAAUGAGUAGGUGUGACCUAACUUUUGACUGGUACUGUAUAUAUAUAGUGCGCUCAGAAAGUAUUUAGACCCCUUCACUUUUUUCACAUUUUGUUACGUACAGCCCUGUUCUAAAAAUGGUUACAUUGUUUUUCCCCCUCAUAAAUCUACACACAACACCCCAUAAUGACAAAGCAAAAACAGGUUUUCAGAAAUUUUUGAAAAUGUAUUAAAAAUAACAAACUGAAAUAUCACAUUCACAUAAGGAUUCAGACCCUUUGUUGAAGCACCUUUGGCAGUGAUUACAGCAUCGAGUCUUCUUGGGAAUGACACUACAAGCCUGGCACACCUGUAUUUGGGGUGUUUCUCCUAUUAUUCUCUGCAGAUCCUCUCAAGCUCUGUCAGGUUGGAUGGGGAGCAUCGCUGCACAUCUAUUUUCAGGUCUCUCCAAAGAUAUUAGAUCGGGUUCAAGUCCGGGCUCUGGCUGGGCCACUCAAGGACAUUCAGAGACUUGUCCUGAAGCCCCUCCUGCAUUGUCUUGGCUGUGUGCUUAGUUGAACCUUCAUCCCAGUCUGAGGUCCUGAGCGCUCUGGAGCAGGUUUUCAUCAAGGAUCUCUCCGUUCAUCUUUCCCUCGUUCUUGACAAGUCUCCCAGUCCCUGCCCUGAAAAACAUCCCCACAGUAUGUUGCUGCCACCACCAUGCUUCACCGUAGGAAUGGUGCCAGGUUUCCUCCAGAUGUGACACUUGGCAUUCAGGCCAAACAGUUCAAUUUUUGGUUUCAUCAGACCAGAGAAUCUUAUUUUGUCAUGGUCUGAGAGUCCUUUAGGUGCCUUUUGGCAAACUCCAAGCGGGCUGUCAUGUGCCUUUUACUGAGGAGUUGCUUCCCUCUGGCCACGUUACCAUAAAGGCCUGAUUGGUGGAGUACUGCAGCGAUGGUGUCCUUCUGAAAGGUUCUCCCAUCUCCACAGAGGAAUUCUGGAGCUCUGUCAGAGUGACCAUUGGGUUCUUGGUCACCUCCCUAACCAAGGCCCUUCUUCCCCGAUUGCUCAGUUUGGCUGGGCGGAAGGUCCCUAACUUCUUCCAUUUAAGAAUGAUGGAGGCCACUGUGUUCUUGGGGACCUUCAAUGCUGCAGAACUGUGUUGGUACCCUUCCCCAAAUCUGUGCCUUGACAAAAUCCUGUCUCAGAGCUCUACGGACAAAUCCUCCGACCUCAUGGCUUGUUUUUUUCUCUGACAUGCACUGUCAAAUGUAGACCUUAUAUAGACAGGUUUGUGCCUUUCAAAUCAUUACCAAUCAAUUGAAUUUACAACAGGUAGAAUCCAAUCAAGUUGUAGGAACAUCUCAAGGAUGAUUAAUGGAAACAGGAUGCAUCUGAGCUCAAUUUCAAGUGUCAUAGCAAAGGGUCUGAAUACUUAUGUAAAUAAGGUAUUUCAGUUUUUUUUUAAUACAUUUCCAACAUUUCUAAAAACCUGUUUUUGCUUCGUCUUUAUGGGGUACUGUAUGUAGAUUGAUGAGGGAAAAAAGUAAUUUAAUCAAUUUUAGAAUAAGGCUGUAACGUAUGAAAAUGUGGAAAAAGGGAAGGGGUCUGGCUACUUUCCGAAUGCACUGUGUAUAUAUAUUAUUGUAGUAACAAAAUAAUGUGUUUGGGGCAAAUUAGUUAUGGGGGCGGAUAUGGAAAGUCCAUGUAAAUAUCAGAUGCUUUUUUCCCAAUAGGAUAUAGGUAAAUAUAGAAUUAUUGAUUUUGGUGCCUGUCAUUUGUCCAAAUGAAUUAUUGUCAGGUUUCAGAACACACCUCGCGACACAUUCGGAAACAAAACAAUUUGUAUUUUAUUCUUGCAGAGCUUCCGUUGAACAUAACGAACCCUCUCCAGGACAAGGUAGCCCUUGAGAGGAGUCGUGCGAUCAUGGACUGCUCAGUUUCCAACCCUCGGUGUAGUAUCCGCUGGUACAAGGGCAGCAAUGUCAUCCUGCCCUCAGAGCACUUUGAGAUCUGCAGUGAGGGCUGCUAUCGCAAGCUGGUCAUUCAACAGGUGGCACUGGACGAUGAGGGAACCUACAGUGUGCAGGUUGGAGAGCACACAUGCUCUGCGAAACUGACCGUAGAAGGUAAGAAAAUCUAUUAAAGUGACAGUUCACCCCACAAUCAAAGUUUGUCAGAUGUUUGACAUGAAAAUUUGCCUUUUGUCAAAAUGACGCCAUGUCCCACUCCAUUUAUUGUGUUGAUACAGCCACAGUAUUUGCCUGAAUUUCAAAUGAAUAGAAACAGUAGGCACUAAAUAUUUUCUCAAUUUUAUUCAGUAACAUAACAAGAUCAGUAAUAUAAGGUAAGUUUUGCAUCCCCCUGAUGGUUAGGAUUUGGGGAGAGUAGGAUAAUCUUAGAUCUGUCUAAGGGAAACUUCUACGAGGAGCGUAGAAGGAUGAGUGUCCUGAAUAUAACAGCUCCAUCUACUGGGAACAUGGCAGGAAGACAUUCCUAUUCAUUACACACUGCAGACUACAGCUCACUCAGUUCAGUAUUUGAUAGGAUCAUAGGUCAACUCUAGUACUGUGGAAUUAUAAUGCAGUUACUAAAGUACUAACUAACAACAUUGUAUCAACAUGUUGUUACUAGUGUACUUACAGUGUAACUCAGGUGUGAAAGUAAAGUGUUAUAAAUCCAAUUUAAGCAUUGUUCCAUGCACCUUAUCUGCAAUUAACACGUGCAGGUGAGUAAUUUCAUUCUUAUUUAAUUCAUCAUAGAGUGAUUAGAGUGUAUAGUGUAAUAAUGUUUAAGGGUAUAUUUAGCAAGGUGACAUCAUCAAACACAACGGGGUAACCUCAUAAAACAUGGACAACAACCUCAACAGACUUCAAAACAGCCAUUAUUGGGGAGGGUGCUAAUUGUGAAAGGCCAACAAUGGCAGUCGUAGUAGAUCUGAAUUUUGGUGACAUUGUGGUCUGAUGUUGUUUUGUCAUUAAUGAUGAUGUCAUCUUGUUGAGUGUACCUUUAAGUGUUCCCCUAUUCUUCCCUCAAUUUAUUUAUCUUUCUCUGUGCAACACAGCCCAGUCUCUCCUGAUGGUGAGGGAACUGAAGAGCGUGGAGGUGGUGGCCCCGGAUGAGGCCUGCUUCGAGUGUGAGGUCUCGGUCCCCGUCCUCAAAGCCCCCGUGUGGAGCCUAAAGGGGGAGGCCCUGCAGCAGGGGCCCAAGUUCAGCCUAGAGAAGAUGGGCAAUGUCCACCGACUCACCAUCCGACAAACCUCUGUCGACAUGAACGGCUUGGUGGAGUUCACGUUGGGAAAAGCCAAGAGCAGCGCCGAGCUCCACGUCAAGAGUAGGCGAACCCUUUUCCUUUUACAUGUGAUUUGGCAUAACAGCUGCACAUGGCGAGAGAAGUGUGACAUACUGUAAGCUAUGUUUGGUGUUUAUGUGCAGUUCUCUCCAUGGGCAUUGACAUCUAGGUCAGACGAGACAGAAUGUAUAUCCUAGUAGACUUCUACGGCUAUAUUUACAGGCUGACAGUAGUAAAAUACUUUUCGUUUUAUAACAUGGUCUAUAAUUGAAUAAGUAUUAUGUUCAUUCAUCACAUUAAUGCAGUCAAAGUGUGCCGUGAGCGUAAUAGAUAUUACAUAACGAACCCCUUCACACCUUGCAUUGAAAAUAUUUUAUUUAAGCUAAUUUCUCCUAACGUAUCACUUGGGCCAUUAUGCAAUAGGGCUUAAUGUCUGUAAUAAAGCCCUAUUGUGUGGGAAAACUUUUUCUGAUUGGCUGGGCCUGAUGCCCCCGUGGCUGUGCCCCUGCCCAGUCAUGUGAUAUCCAUAAAUUAGGGCUAAAUUAAUUUAUUUCAAUUGACUGAUUUCCUUCCAUGAACUGUAACUUAGUAAAAUCUUUGAAAUUUGUGCAUGUUGCGUUUAUAUUUUUGUUCAGUAUAAAUGAGCUCCCAAUGCAUUUCAAUGGCAAAAAAAAAGGCCCAUAGACUUGAAUGGUAAAAAAAAAAAAUACAUUCUAGACCUAUCUAGAAACGUUUAAGCUAUUAACUCCAAACCAACGUUGAGAUAUUGAGACUGACCCAACUUGUAUCAAUUGGAUUCAGAAUUUUGAUAACAUUUAUACUUUUUGAACUAUAACCAUUUUAAAUGUUAAUAAAAGCUCCAUAUGCUUGAAUAGAACGUUUUUGAAUUUGCCACUGCUCUUACACCGUUCAUGCUAUUAACACGAAACCAACGUUGAUAUGUUCAGACUGACCCAACUUAGAUUGUUUUUGUUUUUUACAGAUUUUUGAUACCAUUUAUACUUUUAAAACUAUAACCAUUUAAAAUGUGCAUAAAUUAACAUGAGUUUAAAUGAGAACAAUAGGAUUGCAGAGGUAGCAAUUAAAAAUGGUCCUGCUCCUUGGCCAAUUAAGCUACAAGACCAACUUUAAAACAUCACAUAUCCUAAAUUCAUUUUUUUAUUUGACUUUAUCAACUAUAACUAUAUACAUUUUUUUUAUUGCAUAAAAUAACUCACCAACAGUAACUCCUGAACCGUUUAAGCUAAAGACACCAAACAAACUUUCACAUGUUCAGGCUAUCCUAACUUAAAAUUCCUUAAAACUUGUAUCAACUAUAACUAUAUAAAUUUGCAUAAAUUAGCAUAAAAUAACCCACUAACAGUAACUCUUGAACCAAUUAAGCUAGAGACAACAAACCACUUUUCACAUUUUCAUGCUAUCCUAUCCUAUCAAUCAAUCGAUCUUUCACAAGCUAGCAAGCACACCACAUUUUCCUCAGGAAAUGUACUUGUCAUGUUGUUUCAAUGUAUCAACACUAUGGAGUGCCAACAUAAAUGUAGUUUACAUUUCAAAUAAUGAAAUACAAAUGAUUUUGGAAUGUAUGAAUUAAGACAGACAUUCUUGUCUUAUUGUGGAAACCUGUUUACCAUUUUGCAUGAAUAGAACAUACUGUAUAUAUAGGAUUGAUAGUCCUGAGUAUUUGUGUAUUUAUUUUCUACUCUUCAACAGGUGAUCCUUGACAGACGCAGUAGCGUCUUGAUGCAGUAUCAACAUCAGAAUGAGAUGGAUCAAUAUCUUAUCCACCAAUUUAUUUGUGUUCAUAUUUGUAAUGUGAAAUUCGAAUGUAUGGAUUAGAAUUUAAAUAUAUUUUCCUGUCUUUAAAAAGGGGGUGAAUAGUUUGUGUCAACGCUUUUAACAAUAAGUUAUUAAAAUAUUUUGUAUAAUUAUUUCCCAAUGCAGAUACCCCUUCUCACUUGAAACAAUGUCUUGAAACAAUGUCCUCUUCAGAGGCUCUAGGUGAAUUCAAUUAUCAACCAACAUAAGUACAGAAAUGACUAAAUUGUCUCUCUGAAUACGAGCAUGUGCUUAAUCCAUAUCAUGUAAUAUAAACAUUUUAUGUAAUAUAAAAAUGUGUUCUAAAGUCAGCCAUAAAAUACAGUUGGUGAAUGCAAUUGAUUACAGGCGUGGCACCGAAUCCUAACUUGAGAUCCAUGUUUGAGUGGACUCUGCUUGCAAUUUUUUUUUUUUUUUUUUUUUUUUUUUCCCAUAGGUAUGAAUGCAUGCUUUAUGCAAAAGUCUGUGUUGCGCACUGACAUCCUAUGUCAGAAUUUGGGCCAUAAUGGUUACUUAUAGCUACUAUUGAGACACUGUAUGUUGUUUAGAAGUGACGAAUCCUAACUUGAGCUACCAGCUUUUUCACAUAAAUCUCCCAUUGACAUCAACGAAUUUAUCCAGAACUUUGAGAUACAAACUUUUCUCAAGUUAGGAUUCAGUCCUAAGUUAAAAAAGGUUCUUAAAAGGUUCCAUUAGUUCUAUUAUAAUUUACUUUAAGUGUCCAUUUAGUCAGUCAGUCAAAUUUCUAAUUGCAUCAUUUCAUUUGUAUUUUUCAACACGUGUCCAUUGUAUAGACAUCGUUUUUUACAUUUUGAAGUUGUUUUUUGGAGGCAGAUAUUCAAGCUACUUUGAAGAAUGGGUUCUGUCAAGUAACAUGGGGCUUGUAAUAUAAAUACAUUGGGCCAAAAUUGGUUAAUUUAGAAAGGUAGUUUAUAUUGAUCAUUUUAUUAGAUUAUAUUCAAGUUUAAAUGCAGAGUUGACUGAGUAAUAUAAUUAUAUUGUAUUGAAUAAUUAAUGAAUAUGGUUUUCAUAUGAAGUGAAGUCAGUUCCAUAUUCCUUUUUCUUUUUAAUUUAAUUUGUUUCCAACACCCCCUACAUUGUAUUGAAUUGCUCCAUUAGUGUAUGCAUCAUUCAUUGUAUUAGGAUAUGACCUCUUUCAAUAAAUCAUGCUUUAUUGUGGUACAAAUCGUUUUCUAGUUCUUUCUAUUCUUAAAUUUGAUUAGCAGCUAUAACUCAUUCAAGCACUUGAUUUAGCCCAAGUUUCUUUACUUGGAUGUCAACACUCUUGUUGCAUGCUGUGAAAAAAACCCAGCAAAUUAUUAUAGUAAUUGAAAGAUCUUUUGUAUUGAAAGAUGUAUAUCUUGUCAAAUGAAUGCUGCAUUUUACUUCUAAGGUAACGCAGACUCACAUGCACAGACACAUAGUCACACGCAAGCAAGCACGGCAGGAAGUGUCAUGAAGUAAAUGAGGAUCUUUACAAGGCAUGUAAUACAAGGAGCUAUUACAAGGCUCCCCACUCAUCUGACUGUACAGGUUAAAUGACCACUACAUUAGACUUGCAAUAUGAUAUCGCAUAUCAAAAAGGUCAAGUACAAGCACUUGUUAAAAUCAAAUGUCACAUAUACAUCUCCAGCAUAUGGAUUACAAACCAUUUCCCCACCUGGACACCGUACUAGAAUUAUUCCAAGCUAGCACAUUUUAUUUUGCCCAUAUCGGUUAAUCUACAACAUAAAACAUGACAUCUUUAAUAUACUUAAAAUUAAUAAUCAAAACAACUGCCUAAAUAUUGAAAGCUGUACAAAUGUUAUCUCACCACAUCCAUAUUGGCACUUGUAGUUCUGACCAUCAGAUAUUAGGGCUGAAAGACCCAUCAGUCUGUCGUCAUUCUGUCCAGCUACAAGGCAUCUGCUUAUUGGAGACCACUCUCCAGUCAUACAGGUAGUCUGUUGCCUAUCUGUAUUCAGGGAUGUGUAUUCUGGGAUGUGGAACUCUGAACGUUGCAGAUAGAAAUAAAAUGAAUAGAGCUGACAAUGUACAGUGCAAUCGGAAAGUAUUCAGACCCCUUGACUUUUUCCACAUUUUGUUAUGUUACAGCCUUAUUCUAAAAUUGAUUUUAGAAUAAUGACAAAGCAAAAACAGGUUUUUAGAAAUGUUUUCAAAUGUAUAAAAAAAAAAACUGAAAUAGCACAUUUACAUAAGUAUUCAGACCCUUUAUUCAGUACUUGGUUGAAGCACCUUUGGCAGCAAUUACAGCUUCGAGUAUUCUUGUGUAUGACGCUACAAGCUUGGCACACCUGUAUUUGGGGAGUUUCUCCCAUUCUUCUCUGCAGAUCCUCUCAAGGUCUGUCAGGUUGGAUUGGGAGCGUCUCUGCACAGCUAUUUUCAGGUCUCUCCAGAGAUGUUUGAUCGGGUUUUUUUUACAUUUACAUUUUUAGUCAUUUAGCAGACGCUCUUAUCCAGAGCGACUUACAGUUAGUGAAUACAUAUUUUUUAACAUAUACUGGCCCCCGUGGGAAUCGAACCCACAACCCUGGCGUUGCAAACGCCAUGCUCUAUCAACUGAGCUACAUCCCUGCCGGCCAUUCCCUCCCCUACCCUGGACGACGCUGGGCCAAUUGUGCGCCGCCCAUGAGUCUCCCGGUCGCGGCCGGCUGCGACAGAGCCUGGAUUCGAACCAGGAUCUCUAGUGGCACAGUUAGCACUGCGAUGCAGUGCCUUAGACCACUGCGCCACUCAGGAGUAUUGAGGGUUCAAGUCCGGGCUCUGGCUGGGCCACUCAACACUCCUGUGUUGUCUUGGCUUUGUGCUUAGGGUCGUUGUCCUGUUGGAGGUCUGAGGUCCUGAGCGCUCUGUAUCAGGUUUUCAUCAAGGAUCUCUCUGUACUUUGCUCCGUUCAUCUUUGCCUCGAUCCUGACUAGUCUCCCAGUCCCUGCAGCUGAAAAACAUCCCCACAGCAUGAUGCUGCCACCACCAUGCUUCACCGUAGGGAUGGUGCCAGGUUUCCUCCAGACAUGACGCUUUGGCAUUCAGGCCAAAGAGUUCAAUCUUGGUUUCAUCAGACCAGAGAAUUUUGUUUCUCAUGAUCUGAGAGUCCUUUAGGUGCCUUUUGGCAAACUCCAAGCGGGCUGUCAUGUGCCUUUUACUGAGGAGUGGCUUCCGUCAUGCAGCCUUAUUGGUGGAGUGCUGCAGAGAUGGUUGUUCUUCUGGAAAGUUCUCCCAUCUCCACAGAGGAACUCUAGAGCUCUGUCAGAGCGACCAUCAGGUUCUUGGUCACCUCCCUAACCAAGGCCCUUCUCCCCCGAUUGCUCAGUUUGGCCGGACGGAAGGUUCCAAAUUUCUUCCUUUUAAGAAUGACGGAGGCCACUGUGUUCUUGGGGACGUUCAAUGCUACAGAAAUGUUUUGGUACCCUUCCCCAAAUCUGUGCUUUGACACAAUCCUGUCUCGGAGCUCUUUAUAUAAUUCCUUUGACCUCAUGGCUUGGUUUUUGCUCUGACAUUCACUGUCAAAUGUGGAACUUAUAUAGACAGGUGUGUGCCUUUCAAAUCAUGUCCAAUCAAUUGAAUUUACCACAGGUGGACUCCAAUCAAGUUAUAGGAACAUCUCAAGGAUGAUUAAUGGAAACAGGAUGCAUCUGAGCUCAAUUUCAAGUCUCAUAGCAAAGGGUCGGAAUACUUAUGUAAAUAAGGUAUUUUUAUUUUUAAUUUUUAAUACAGUUGCAAAAAUGUCUAAUACCUGUUUUCGCUUUGUCAUAAUGGGGUAUUGUAUGUAGAUUGAUGAGGGAAAAAAGUAAUUUAAUCCAUUUAGAAUAAGGAUGUAACGUAACAAAAUGUUGAAAAAGGAAAGGGGUCUGAAUACUUUCCAAAUGCACAGUGUAUAUAUAUUAUUAUAGUAACAAAAUAAUGUUUUGGGGCAAAUUAGUUAUGGGUGCGGAUAUGGAAGGUCUAUGUAAAUACCAGAUGCUUUAUUCCCAAUAGAAUAUACUGUAGGUAAAUAUAGAAUUAUUGAUUUUGGUGCCUGCCAUUUGUCCAAAUGAAUUAUUGUCAGGUCUCAGAACCUCGCGACACAUUCAGAAAACAAAACAAUUUGUAUUUUAUCCUUGCAGAGCUUCCGUUGAACAUAACAAACCCUUUCCAGGACAAGGUAUCCCUUGAGAGGAGUCGUGCGAUCAUGGACAGCUCAGUGUCCAACCCUCGGUGCAGUAUCCGCUGGUACCAGGGCAGCAAUGUCAUCCUGCCCUCAGAGCGCUUUGAGAUCUGCAGUGAGGGCUGCUAUCAUAAGCUGGUCAUUCAACAGGUGGCACUGGACGAUGAGGGAAACUACAGUGUGCAGGUUGGAGAGCACACAUGCUCUGCGAAAUUGACUGUAGAAGGUAAGAAAAUCUAUUAAAGUGACAGUUCACCCCACAAUCAAAGUUUGUCAGAUGUUUGACAUGAAAAUGUGCCUUUGGUCAAAAUGAGGCCACGUUCUACUCCAUUUAUUGUGUUGAUACAGCCACUAUAUUUGCCUGAAUUUCAAAUGAAUGGAAAAAGUAGGCACUAAAUAUUUUCCCAAUUUUAUUCAGUAACAUAACAAGAUCAGUAAUAUAAGGUAAGUUUUGCAUCCCCCUGAUGGUUAGGAUUUGGGGAGAGUAGGCUAAUCUUAGAUCUGUCUAAGGGCAACUUCUAUCAGGAGCAUAGAAGGAUCACUGUCCUGAAUAUAACAGCUCCAUCUACUGGGAACAUGGCAGUAAGACAUUCUUGUUCAUUAAACACUGCAGACUACAGCUCACUCAGUUCAGUAUUUGAUAGGAUCAUAGGUCAACUCUAGUACUCUGCAAUUAUAAUGCAGUUACUAAAGUACUAUCUAACAACAUUGUAUCAACAUGUUGUUACUAGUGUACUUACAGUGUUACUCAGGUAUGGAAGUAAAGUGUUAUAAAUUCAAUUUAAGCAUUGUUCCAUGCACCUUACCUGCAAUUAACAUGUGCAGGUGAGUAAUUUGAAUCUCAUUUAAUUCACCAUAAAGUGAUUAGAGUGUAUAGUGCAAUCAUGUUUAAGGGUAUACUUAGCAAGGUGACAUCAUCAAACACAACGGGGUAACCUCAUACAACAUGGACAACAACCUCAACAGACUUCAAAACAGACAUUAUUGGGGAAGGUGCAAAUUGUGUAAGGCCAACAAUGGCAGUCGUUGUAGAUCUGAAUGUUGGUGACAUUGUGGUCUGAUGUUGUUUUAUCAUUGAUGAUGCUGUCAUCUUGUUGAGUGUACCUUUAAGGGGUCCCCCAUUCUUCCCUCAAUAUAUUUAUCUUUCUCUUUGCAACACAGCCCAGUCUCUCCUGAUGGUGAGGGAACUGAAGAGCGUGGAGGUGGUGGUCCCGGAUGAGGCCUGCUUCGAGUGUGAGGUCUCGGUCCCCGUCCUCAAAGCCCCCGUGUGGAGCCUAAAGGGGGAGGCCCUGCAGCAGGGGCCCAAGGUCAGCCUAGAGAAGAUGGGCAAUGUCCACCGACUCACCCUCCGACAGACCUCUGUCGACAUGAACGGCUUGGUGGAGUUCACGUCGGGAAAAGCCAAGAGCAGCGCCGAGCUCCACAUCAAGAGUAGGCGAACCCUUUUCCUUUUACAUGUGAUUUGGCAUAACAGCUGCACAUGGCGAGAGAAGUGUGACAUACUGUAAGCUAUGUUUGGUGUUUAUGUGCAGUUCUCUCCAUGGGCAUUGACAUCUAGGUCAGACGAGAUGGAAUGUAUAUCCUGGUAGACUUCUAAGGCUAUAUUUACAGGCUGACAGUAGUAAAAUACUUUUCGUUUUAUAACAUGGUCUAUGAUUGAAUAAGUAUUAUGUUCAUUAAUCACAUUAAUGCGGUCAAAGUUUGCCGUGAGCGUAAAAAAUUGUACAUACAGAACCACUUUACACCUUGCAUUGAAAAUAUUUGAUUUAAGCUAAUUUCUCCUAACGUAUUUUUUAUUUUUUUAUUUCAGCUUUAUUUAACCAGGUAAGCCAGUUGAGAACAAGUUCUCAUUUACAACUGCGACCUGGCUAAGAUAAAGCAAAGCAGUGCGAUAAAAACAACAACAUCAUAGAGUUACAUAUGAAAUAAACAAAAACGUACAGUCAAUAACACAAUAGAAAAUCAAUAUACAGUGUGUGCAAAUGUAGUAAGUUAUGGAGGUAAGGCAAUAAAUAGGCCAUAGUGCAAAAUAAUUACAAUUUAGUAUUAACACUGGAGUGAUAGAUGUGCAGAAGAUGAUGUGCAAAUAGAGAUACUGGGGUGCAAAUGAGCAAAAUAAAUAACAAUGUAAAUAACAAUAUGGGGAUGUGGUAGUUGGGUGGGCUAAUUACAGAUGGGCUGUGUACAGGUGCAGUGAUCAGUAAACUGCUCUGACAACUGAUGCUUAAAGUUAGUGAGGGAGAUAAGAGUUUGUUCCAGUCAUUUGCAGCAGAGAACUGGAAGGAAUGGCAUCCAAAGGAGGUGUUGGCUUUGGGGAUGACCAGUGAGAUAUACCUGCUGGAACGCAUACUACGGGUGGGUGUUGCUAUGGAGACCAAUGAGCUAUGAUAAGGCGGGGAUUUGCCUAGAAGUGAUUUAUAGAUGACCUGGAGCCAGUGGGUUUGGCGACAAAUAUUUAGUGAGGGCCAGCCAACGAGAGCGUACAGAUCACAAUGGUGGGUAGUAUAUGGGGCUUUGGUGACAAAACGGAUGGCACUGUGAUAGACUACAUCCAAUUUGCUGAGUAGAGUGUUGGAAGCUAUUUUGUAAAUGACAUCGCCGAAGUCAAGGAUCGGUAGGAUAGUCAGUUUUACGAGGGCAUGUUCAGCAGCAUGAGUGAAGGAGGCUUUGUUGCGAAAUAGGAAGCCGAUUCUAGAUUUAACUUUGGAUUGGAGAUGCUUAAUGUGAGUCUGGAAGGAGAGUUUACAGUCUAACCAGACACCUAGGUAUUUGUAGUUGUCCACAUAUUCUAAGUCAGACCCGCCGAGAGUAGUGAUUCUAGUCGGGCGGGCCGGUGCAAGCAGCGUUAGAUUGAAGAUAAUGCAUUUAGUUUUACUAGCGUUUAAGAGCAGUUGGAGGCUACGGACGGAGUGUUGUAUGGCAUUGAAGCUCGUUUGGAGGUUUGUUAACAUAGUGUCCAAUGAAGGGCCAGAUGUAUACGAAAUGGUGUCGUCUGCGUAGAGGUGGAUCUGAGAGUCACCAGCAGCAAGAGCGACAUCAUUGAUAUACACAGAGAAAAGAGUCGGCCUGAGAAUUUAACCCUGUGGCACCCCCAUAGAGACUGCCAGAGGUCCAGACAACAGGCCCUCCGAUUUGAUACAUUAAACUCUAUCUGAGAAGUAGUUGGUGAACCAGGUGAGGCAGUCAUAUGAGAAACCAAGGCUAUUUAGUCUGCCAAUAAGAAUGCGGUGAUUGACAGAGUCAAAAGCCUUGGCCAGGUCGAUGAAGACGCUGCACAGUACAUUCUUUUAUCGAUCGCAGUUAUUAUAUCGUUUAGGACCUUGAGCGUUGGUGAGGUGCACCCAUGACCAGCUCGGAAACCAGAUUGCACAGCGGAGAAGGUACGGUGGGAUUAGAAAUGGUCGGUGAUCUGUUUGUUAACUUGGCUUUCAAAAACUUUCGAAAGGCAGGGCAGGAUGGAUAUAGGUCUGUAACAGUUUGGAUCUAGAGUGUCACCCCCUUUGAAGAGGGGGAUGACCUCAGCAGCUUUCUAGUCUCUGGGGAUCUCAGACGAUACGAAAGAGAGGCUGAACAGGCUAGUAAUAGGGGUUGCGACAAUUUCGGCAGCUAAUUUUAGAAAGAAAGGGUCCAGAUUGUCUAGCCCAGCUGAUUUGUAGGGGUCCAGAUUUUGCAGCUCUUUCAGGACAUCCGCUAUCUGAAUUUGGGUGAAGGAGAAGUGGGGGGGGCAUGGGCAAGUUGCAGCGGAGGGUGCAGAGCUGGUAUCACUUGAGCCAUUAUGCAAUAGGGCUUUAUGUCUGUAAUAAAGCCCUUUUGUGUGGAAAAACUUGUUCUGGUUGGCUGGGCCUGAUGCCCUAGUGGGUGGGCCUGGCUCCCAAGUGGGUGGGUCUUGCUCCCCAGUGGGUGGGCCUAUGCCCCCCCAGGUCCACCGAUGGCUGUGCCCCUGCCCAGUCAUGUGAAAUCCAUAAAUUAGGGCUAAAUUAAUUUAUUUCAAUUGACUGAUUUCCUUCCAUUAACUGUAACUUAGUAAAAUCUAUGACAUUUUUACAUGUUGCGUUUAUAUUUUUGUUCAGUAUAAAUGAGCUCCCAAUGCAUUUCAAUGGCAAAAAAAAAGGCCCAUAGACUUGAAUGGUAAAAAUAUUAAACAUUCUAGACCUAUCUAGAAACGUUUAAGCUAUCAACUCUAAACCAACGUUGAGAUAUUGAGACUGAACCAACUUAGAUCACUUGGAUUCAGAAUUUUUAUAACAUUUAUACAUUUUGAACUAUAACCAUUUUAAAUGUUCAUAAAAGCUCCAUAUGCUUGAAUAGAACGUUUUUGAAUUUGCCACUGCUCUUACACCGUUCAAGCUAUUAACAGGAAACCAACGUUGACAUGUUCAGACUGACCCAACUUAGAUUGUAUUUUUUUUUUACCGAUUUUUUAUAUUAUUUAUACUUUAAAAACUAUAACCAUUUAAAAUGUGCAUAAAUUAACAUGAGUGAAUGAGAGCCAUACGUUUGCAGAGGUAGCAAUUACAAAUGGUCCUGCUCCUUGGCCAAUUAAGCUACAAGACCAACUUUAAAACAUCACAUAUCCUAAAUUCAUAUUUUUUUUACUUUAUCAACUAUAACUACAUACAUUAUUUUUUAUUGCAUAAAAUAACUCACCAACAUUAACUCCUGAACCGUUUAAGCUGACACCAAACAAACUUUUACAUGUUCAAUUUAUCCUAACUUCAAAUUCCUUAAAACUUGUAUCAACUAUAACUAUAAACAUUUGCAUAAAUUAGCAUAAAAUAACCCACCAACAGUAACUCUUGAACCAAUUAAACUAGAGACAACAAACCACCUUUCACAUUUUCAAGCUAUCCUAUCCUAUCAAUCAAUCGAUCCUUCACAAGCUAGCAAGCACACCACAUUUUCCUCAGGAAAUGUACUUGUCAUGUUGUUUCAAUGUAUCAACACCUGUUUACCAUUUUGCUUUAAUAGAACAUACUGUACAUAUAGGAUUGAUAGUUCUGAGUAUUUGUGUAUUUAUUUUCUACUCUUCAACAGGUGAUCCUUGACAGACGCAGUAGUGUCUUGAUGCAGUAUCAACAUCAGAAUGAGAUGGAUCGAUAUCUUAUCCACCAAUUUAUUUGUGUUCAUAUUUGUAAUGUGAAAUUCGAAUGUAUGGAUUAGAAUUUUAAGAUAUUUUCCUUCUUUAAAAAGGGGGUGAAUAGUUUGUGUCAACGCUUUUAACAAUAAGUUAUUGAAAGAUGUAUAAUUAUUUCCCAAUGCAGAUACCCCUACUCACUUGAAACAAUGUCUUGAAACAAUGUCCUCCUCAGAGGCUCUAGGUAAAUUCAAUUAUCAACCAACAUAAGUACAGAGUUGACUACAAUGUCUCUCUGAAUACGAGCAUGUGCUUAAUCCAUAUCACGUAAUAUAAACAUUUUAUGUAAUAUAAAAAUGUGUUCUAAAGUCAGCCGUAACAUACAGUUGGAGAAUGCAAUUGAUUACAGUGCGCAACUUGAGAUCCAUGUUUGAGUGGAAUCUGCUUGCAAAUCUCCCAUAGGUAUGAAUGCAUGCUUUAUGCAAAAGUCUGUGUUGCGCACUGACAUCCUAUGUCAGAAUUUGGGCCAUAAUGGUUACUUAUAGCUACUAUUGAGACACUGUAUGUUGUUUAGAAGUGACGAAUCCUAACUUGAGCUACCAGCUUUUUCACAUAAAUCUCCCAUUGACAUCAAUGCAUUUAUCCAGAACUUUGAGAUACAACCUUUUCUCAAGUUAGGAUUCAGUCCUAAGUUUAAAAAAGGUUCUUAAAAAGUUCCAUUAGUUUUUUAUUAUUUACUUUAAGUGUCCAUUUAGUCAGUCAGUCAAAUUUCUAAUUGCAUCAUUUCAUUUGUAUUUUUCAUCACAUCGUUUUUUUUUUCAUUUUUAAGUUGUUUUGUUGGAGGCAGAAAUUCAAGCUACUGUGAAGAAUGGGUUCUGUCAAGUAAUAUGGGGCUAGUAAUAUACAGUGGGGAAAAAAAGUAUUUAGUCAGCCAAAAAUUGUGCAAGUUCUCCCACUUAAAAAGAUGAGAGAGGCCUGUCAUUUUCAUCAUAGGUACACGUCAACUAUGACAGACAAAAUGAGAAGAAAAAAAAUCCAGAAAAUCACAUUGUAGGAUUUUUAAUGAAUUUAUUUGCAAAUUAUGGUGGAAAAUAAGUAUUUGGUCAAUAACAAAAGUUCCUCAAUACUUUGUUAUAUAUCCUUUGUUGGCAAUGACACAGGUCAAACGUUUUCUGUAAGUCUUCACAAGGUUUUCACACACGGUAUUUUGACCCAUUUCUCCAUGCAGAUCUCCUCUAGAGCAGUGAUGAUAUGGGGCUGUCGCUGGGCAACACGGACUUUCAACUCCCUCCAAAGAUUUUCUAUGGGGUUGAGAUCUGGAGACUGGCUAGGCCACUCCAGGACCUUGAAAUGCUUCUUACGAAGCCACUCCUUCGUUGCCCGGGCGGUGUGUUUGGGAUCAUUGUCAUGCUGAAAGACCCAGCCACGUUUCAUCUUCAAUGCCCUUGCUGAUGGAAGGAGGUUUUCACUCAAAAUCUCAUUCAUUCUUUCCUUUACACGGAUCAGUCGUCCUGGUCCCUUUGCAGAAAAACAGCCCCAAAGCAUGAUGUUUCCUCCCCCAUGCUUCACAGUAGGUAUGGUGUUCUUUGGAUGCAACUCAGCCUUCUUUGUCCUCCAAACACGACGAGUUGAGUUUUUACCAAAAAGUUCUAUUUUGGUUUCAUCUGACCAUAUGACAUUCUCCCAAUCCUCUUCUGGAUCAUCCAAAUGCACUCUAGCAAACUUCAGACGGGCCUGGACAUGUACUGGCUUAAGCAGGGGGACACGUCUGGUACUGCAGGAUUUGAGUCCCUGGCGGCGUAGUGUGUUACUGAUGGUAGGCUUUGUUAUUUUGGUCCCAGCUCUCUGCAGGUCAUUCACUAGGUCCCCCCGUGUGGUUCUGGGAUUUUUGCUCACCGUUCUUGUGAUCAUUUUUCCCCCACGGGGUGAGAUCUUGCGUGGAGCCCCAGAUCGAGGGAGAUUAUCAGUGGUCUUGUAUGUCUUCCAUUUCCUAAUAAUUGCUCCCACAGUUGAUUUCUUCAAACCAAGCUGCUUACCUAUUGCAGAUUCAGUCUUCCCAGCCUGGUGCAGGUCUACAAUUUUGUUUCUGGUGUCCUUUGACAGCUCUUUGGUCUUGGCCAUAGUGGAGUUUGGAGUGUGACUGUUUGAGGUUGUGGACAGGUGUCUUUUAUACUGAUAACAAGUUCAAACAGGUGCCAUUAAUACAGGUAACGAGUGGAGGACAGAGGAGCCUCUUAAAGAAGAAGUUACAGGUCUGUGAGAGCCAGAAAUCUUGCUUGUUUGUAGGUGACCAAAUACUUAUUUUCCACCAUAAUUUGCAAAUAAAUUCAUAAAAAAUCCUACAAUGUGAUUUUCUGGAUUUUUUUUCUUCUCAUUUUGUCUGUCAUAGUUGACGUGUACCUAUGAUGAAAAUUACAGGCCUCUCUCAUCUUUUUAAGUGGGAGAACUUGCACAAUUGGUGGCUGACUAAAUACUUGUUUUCCCCACUGUAAAUACAUUCGGCCAAAAUUGGUUAAUUUAGAAAGGUAGUUUAUAUGGGGCGGCAGGUAGCUUAGUGGUUAAGAAUGUUGUGCCAGUAACCGAAUUGUAUGUGGUUCUAAUCCCCGAGCCGACUAGGUGAAAAAAAUCUGUCGAUGUGCCCUUGAGCAAGGCACUUAACCCUAAUUGCUCCUGUAAGUCGCUAUGGAUAAGAGCUUCUGCUAAAUUACAAUGUCAUGAAUGUCUGUGGAAUGUGGUAGGCCAGAGUCAAGGGCAGGACACAGAAUGAAAUGAAAAUCUACUUUACUGAAUAGUAAAGAAACAAGCAAAACCUCCAAACAAAGGGAGGAGCAAACCCGCUUACAAACGACACUCGUAACAAGUAACAAACAUGCACAACACACAGUGGGAGCAAACAGGUUAAAUUGGGAAUGACAUAAUACUAUAAUGGGAAACAGGUGCGCAACACUAGACAACAAUCAGGUGAACAUAGAAACAUAAAACAUAGAUCGGCAGCAGCUAGAAUUCCGGUGACGACGAACGCCGUAGCCUGCCCGAACCAGAAGGAAGGGCAGUCUCGGCAGAAUCCGUGACAGACAAAAAUGUAAAUAUUGAACAUUUUAUUAGAUUAUAUUCCAGUUUACAUGCAGAGUUGACUGAGUAAUAUAAUUAUAUUGUAUUGAAUAAUUAAUGAAUAUGGUUUUCAUAUGAAGUGAAGUCAGUUCCAUAUUCCUUUUUCUUUUUAAUUUAAUUUGUUUCCAACACCCCCUACAUUGUAUUGAAUUGCACCAUUAGUGUAUGCAUCAUUCAUUGUAUUAGGAUAUGAACUCUUUCAAUAAAUCAUGCUUUAUUGUGGUACAAAUCGUUGUCUAGUUCUUUCUAUUCUUAAAUUUGACGAGCAGCUAUAACUCAUUCAAACACUUGAUUUAGCACAAGUUUCUUUACUUGGAUGUCAACACUCUUGUUGCAUGCAGUUAAAAAAAAACAGCAAGUCAUUAUAAUAAUUGAAAGAUUUUUUGUAUUGAAAUAUAUAUAUCUUGUCAAAUGAAUGCUGCAUUUCACUUUUAAGGUAAUGCAGACUCACAUGCACAAACACGUAGUCACGCGUAGACUCCAAUCAAGUUGUAGGAACAUCUCAAGGAUGAUUAAUGGAAACAGGAUGCAUCUGAGCUCAAUUUCAAGUGUCAUAGCAAAGGGUCUGAAUACAUUUGCAAAAAUGUCUAAAAACGUCUUUUUGUUUUGUCAUUAUGGGGUACUGUAUGUAGAUUGAUGAGGGAAAAAAGUAAUUUAAUCAAUUUUAGAAGAAGGCUGUAACGUAUGAAAAUGUGGAAAAGGGGAAGGGGUCUGGCUAUUUUCUGAAUGCACUGUGUAUAUAUAUUAUUGUAGUAACAAAAUAAUGUUUCGGGGGCAAAUUAGUUAUGGGGGCGGAUAUGGAAAGUCUAUGUCAAUAUCAGAUGCUUUUCUCCCAAUAGGAUAUAGGUAAAUAUAGAAUUAUUGAUUUUGUUUCCUGACACUUGUCCAAAUGAAUUAUUGUCAGGUCUCAGAACACACCUCGCAACACAUUCGGAAACGAACCAAUUUGUAUUUUAUCCUUGCAGAGCUUCCGUUGAACAUAACGAACCCUCUCCAGGACAAGGUAGCCCUUGAGAGGAGUCGUGCAAUCAUGGACUUCUCAGUUUCCAACCCUCGGUGUAGUAUCCGCUGGUACAAAGGCAGCAAUGUCAUCCUGCCCUCAGAGCACUUUGAGAUCUGCAGUGAGGGCUCUUAUCGCAAGCUGGUCAUUCAACAGGUGGCACUGGACGAUGAGGGAACCUACAGUGUGCAGGUUGGAGAACACACAUGCUCUGCGAAACUGACCGUAGAAGGUAAGAAAAUCUAUUAAAGUGACAGUUCACCAGAAAAUCAAAGUUUGUCAGAUAUUUUACAUGAAAAUGUGCCUUUGGUCAAAAUGAGGGCAUGUCCCACUCCAUUUAUUGUGUUGAUACAGCAACAGUAUUUGGCUGAAUUUCAAAUGAAUAGAAAAAGUAGGCACUAAAUAUUUUCCCAAUUUUAUUCAGUAACAUAACAAGAUCAGUAAUAUAAGGUAAGUUUUGCAUCCCCCUGAUGGUUAGGAUUUGAGGAGAGUAGGCUAAUCUUAGAUCUGUCUAAGGGAAACUUCUACGAGGAGCGUAGAAGGAUGAGUGUCCUGAAUAUAACAGCUCCAUCUACUGGGAACAUGGCAGUAAGACAUUCCUAUUCAUUACACACUGCAGACUACAGCUCACUCAGUUCAGUAUUUGAUAGGAUCAUAGGUCAACUCUAGUACUGUGCAAUUAUAAUGCAGUUACUAAAGUACUAUCUAACAUCAUUGUAUCAACAUGUUGUUACUAGUGUACUUACAGUGUUACUCAGGUAUGAAAGUAACGUGUUUUAAAUCCAAUUUAAGCAUUGUUCCAUGCACCUUAUCUGCAAUUAAGAUGUGCAGGUGAGUAAUUUGAUUCUCAUUUAAUUAAUCAUAGAGUGAUUAGAGUGUAUAGUGUAAUCAUGUUUAAGGGUAUACUUAGCAAGGUGACAUCAUCAAACACAACGGGGUAACCUCAUACAACAUGGACAACAACCUCAACAGACUUCAAAACAGACAUUAUUGGGGAAGGUGCAAAUUGUGUAUGGCAGUCGUUGUAGAUCUGAAUGUUGGUGACAUUGUGGUCUGAUGUUGUUUUAUCAUUGAUGAUGAUGUCAUCUUGUUGAGUGUACCUUUAAGGGGUCCCCCAUUCUUCCCUCAAUGUAUUUAUCUUUCUAUUUGCAACACAGCCCAGUCUCUCCUGAUGGUGAGGGAACUGAAGAGCGUGGCGGUGGUGGCCCCAGAUGAGGCCUGCUUCGAGUGUGAGGUCUCGGUCCCCGUCCUCAAAGCCCCCGUGUGGAGCCUAAUGGGGGAGGCCCUGCAGCAGGGGCCCAAGGUCAGCCUAGAGAAGAUGGGCAAUGUCCACCGACUCACCCUCCGACAGACCUCUGUCGACAUGAACGGCCAAGAGCAGCGCCAAGCUCCACGUCAAGAGUAGGCGAACCCUUUUCCUUUUACAUGUGAUUUGGCAUAAGAGCUGCACAUGGCGAGAGAAGUGUGACAUACUGUAAGCUAUGUUUGGUGUUUAUGUGCAGUUCUCUCCAUGGGCAUUGACAUCUAGGUCAGACGAGAUGGAAUGUAUAUCCUGGUAGACUUCUAAGGCUAUAUUUACAGGCUGACAGUAGUAAAAUACUUUUCGUUUUAUAACAUGGUCUAUAAGUGAAUAAGUGUUAUGUUCAUUCAUCACAUUAAUGCGGUCAAAGUUUGCCGUGAGCGUAAAAAAUUGUACAUACAGAACCACUUUACACCUUGCAUUGAAAAAAUUUGCUUAAAGCUAAUUUCUCCUAAUGUAUCACCUGAGCCAUUAUGCAUUAGGGCUUUAUGUCUGUAAUAAAGCCCUAUUGUGUGGAAAAACUUGUUCUGAUUGGCUAGGCCUGAUGCCCUAGUGGGUGGGCCUGGCUCCCCAGUGGGUGGGCCUAUGCCCCCCCAGGUCCACCCAUGGCUGUGCCCCUGCCCAGUCAUGCGAAAUCCAUAAAUAUUUUUGUUCAGUAUAAAUGAGCUCCCAAUGCAUUUCAAUUGCAAAAAAAGGCCCAUAGACUUGAAUGGUAAAAAAACAAAAAAAACAUUCUAGACCUAUCUAGAAACGUUUAAGCUAUCAACUCCAAACCAACGUUGAGAUAUUGAGACUGACCAAAUUUAGAUAAAUUGGAUUCAGAAUUUUGAUUACAUUUUACAUUUUUGAACUAUAACCAUUUUAAAUGUUCAUAAAAGCUUGAAUGGAAAGUAUUUGAAUUUGCCACUGCUCUUACACCGUUCAAGCUACCAACAACAAACCAACACUGACAUGUUCAGAUUGACCCAACUUAGAUCGUUGUUGUUUUUAACCGAUUUUUGAUACUAUUUAUACUUUUUAAACUAUAACCAUUUAAAAUGUGAAUAAAUUAACAUGAGUUUGAAUGAGAACCAUAGGAUUGCAGAGGUAGCUAUUCAAAAUGGUCCUGCUCCUUGGCCAAUUAAGCUACAAGACCAACUUUAAAACAUCUCAUAUCCUAAAUUCAAUUUAUUUUUCACUUUAUCAAAUAUACAGUGGGGAAAAAAAGUAUUUAGUCAGCCACCAAUUGUGCAAGUUCUCCCACUUAAAAAGAUGAGAGAGGCCUGUAAUUUUCAUCAUAGGUACACGUCAACUAUGACAGACAAAAUGAGAAGAAAAAAAAUCCAGAAAAUCACAUUGUAGGAUUUUUAAUGAAUUUAUUUGCAAAUUAUGGUGGAAAAUAAGUAUUUGGUCAAUAACAAAAGUUUCUCAAUACUUUGUUAUAUACCCUUUGUUGGCAAUGACACAGGUCAAACGUUUUCUGUAAGUCUUCACAAGGUUUUCACAAACUGUUGCUGGUAUUUUGGCCCAUUCCUCCAUGCAGAUCUCCUCUAGAGCAGUGAUGUUUUGGGGCUGUCGCUGGGCAACACAGACUUUCAACUCCCUCCAAAUAUUUUCUAUGGGGUUGAGAUCUGGAGACUGGCUAGGCCACUCCAGGACCUUGAAAUCCUUCUUACGAAGCCACUCCUUCGUUGCCCGGGCGGUGUGUUUGGGAUCAUUGUCAUGCUGAAAGACCCAGCCACGUUUCAUCUUCAAUGCCCUUGCUGAUGGAAGGAGGUUUUCACUCAAAAUCUUACGAUACAUGGCCCCAUUCAUUCUUUCCUUUACACGGAUCAGUCGUCCUGGUCCCUUUGCAGAAAAACAGCCCCAAAGCAUGAUGUUUCCACCCCCAUGCUUCACAGUGGUGACUCUCAGAUCCACCUCUACGCAGACGACACCAUUUUGUAUACAUCUGGCCCUUCAUUGGACACUGUGUUAACAAACCUUCAAACAAGCUUCAAUGCCAUACAACACUCCUUCAGUAGCCUCCAACUGCUCUUAAACACUAGUAAAACUAAAUGCAUGCUCUUCAACCGAACGCUGCUUGCACCCGCCCACCCGACUAGAAUCACUACUCUCGACGGGUCUGACCUAGAGUAUGUGGACAACUACAAAUACCUAGGUGUCUGGUUAGACUGUAAACUCUCCUUCCAGACUCACAUUAAGAAUCUCCAAUCCAAAGUUAAAUCUAGAAUCGGUUUCCUAUUUCGCAACAAAGCCUCCUUCACUCAUGCUGCCAAACAUGCCCUCGUAAAACUGACUAUCCUACCGAUCCUUGACUUCGGCGAUGUCAUUUACAAAAUAGCCUCCAACACUCUACUCAGCAAAUUGGAUGUAAUCUAUCACAGUGCCAUCCGUUUUGUCUCCAAAGCCCCAUAUACUACCCACCACUGUGACCUGUACGCUCUUGUUGGCUGGUCCUCACUACAUAUUCGUCGCCAAACCCACUGGCUCCAGGCCAUCUAUAAAUCACUGCUAGGCAAAUCCCCGCCUUAUCUUAGCUCAUUGGUCACCAUAGCAACACCCACCCGUAGUAUGCGCUCCAGCAGGUAUAUCUCAGUGGUCAUCCCCAAAGCCAACACCUCCUUUGGCCGCCAUUCCUUCCAGUUCUCUGCUGCCAAUGACUGGAACAAAUUGCAAAAAUCUCUGAAGCUGGAGACACUUAUCUCCCUCACUAACUUUAAGCAUCAGUUGUCAGAGCACCUUACCGAUCACUGCACCUGUACACAGCCCAUCUGAAAUUAGCCCGCCCAACUACCUCAUCCCUAUAUUGUUAUUUAUUUUGCUCAUUUGUACCCCAGUAUCUCUAUUUGCACAUCAUUUCUUGAACAUCUAGCAUUCCAGUGUUAAUACUAAUUGUAAUUAUUUUGCACUAUAGCCUAUUUAUUGCCUUACCUCCAUAACUUGCUACAUUUGCACACACUGUAUAUAUAUUUUUUCUGUUGUAUUUUUUACUUUGUUUUGUUUUACCCCAUAUGUAACUCUGUGUUGUUGUUUUUAUCACACUGCUUUGCUUUAUCUUGGCCAGGUCGCAGUUGUAAAUGAGAACUUGUUCUCAACUGGCUUACCUGGUUAAAUAAAGGUUAAAUAAAAAAUAAAAAUAGUAGGUAUGGUGUUCUUUGGAUGAAACUCAGCAUUCUUUGUACUCCAAACACGACGAGUUGAGUUUUUACCAAAAAGUUAUAUUUUGGUUUCAUCUGACCAUAUGACAUUCUCCCAAUCCUCUUCUGGAUCAUCCAAAUGCACUCUAGCAAACUUCAGACGGGCCUGGACAUGUACUGGCUUAAGCAGGGGGACACGUCUGGCACUGCAGGAUUUGAGUCCCUGGCGGCAUAGUGUGUUACUGAUGGUAGGCUUUGUUACUUUGGUCCCAGCUCUCUGCAGGUCAUUCACUAGGUCCCCCCGUGUGGUUCUGGGAUUUUUGCUCACCGUUCAUGUGAUCAUUUUGACCCCACGGGGUGAGAUCUUGCGUGGAGCCCCAGAUCGAGGGAGAUUAUCAGUAUGUCUUCCAUUUCCUAAUAAUUGCUCCCACAGUUGAUUUCUUCAAACCAAGCUGCUUACCUAUUGCAGAUUCAGUCUUCCCAACCUGGUGCAGGUCUACAAUUUUGUUUCUGGUGUCCUUUGACAGCUCUUUGGUCUUGGCCAUAGUGGAGUUUGGAGUGUGACUGUUUGAGGUUGUGGACAGGUGUCUUUUAUACUGAUAACAAGUUCAAACAGGUGCCAUUAAUACAGGUAACGAGUGGAGGACAGAAGAGCCUCUUAAAGAAGAAGUUACAGGUCUGUGAGAGCCAGAAAUCUUGCUUGUUUGUAGGUGACCAAAUACUUAUUUUCCACCAUAAUUUGCAAAUAAAUUCAUUAAAAAUCCUACAAUGUGAUUUUCUGGAAUUUUUUUUCUCAAUUUGUCUGUCAUAGUUGACGUGUACCUAUGAUGAAAAUUACAGGCCUCUUUCAUCUUUUUAAGUGGGAGAACUUGCACAAUUGGUGGCUGACUAAAUACUUUUUUCCCCCACUGUAACUAUAUACAUUUUUUUUUAAAUUGCAUAAAAUAACUCACAAACAGUAACUCUUUAACCAUUUAAGCUAAAGACACCAAACAAACUUUCACAUGUUCAGGCUAUCCUAACUUCAAAUUCCUUAAAACCUGUAUCAACUAUAAACAUUUGCAUAAAUUAGCAUUAAAUAACCCACCAACAGUAAUUCUUGAACCAAUUAAGCUAGAGACAACAAACCACCUUUCACAUGUUCAGGCUAUCCUAUCCUAUCAAUCAAUUGAUCCUUCACAAGCUAGCAAGCACACCACAUUUUCCUCGGGAAAUGUACUUGUCAUGUUGUUUCAUGUAAACUCUUUCACUCUAUAUAGUAUGAAUCAACACUAUGGAGUGCCAACAUAAAUUUAGUUUAAAUUUCAAAUAAUGAAAUACAAAUGCAGUUUAUGCAUUCAGUAAUUAUAUGUGUGAAAUCUGUGAAUUUGUAAAUUCAAAUUAUAUUCAUAUUUACACUAAUAUCAUCAUACAAAAAAUUGAAUUUGGAAUGCAUGAAUUAAGACAGACAAUCUUGUCUUAUUGCGGACACCAGUUUACCAUUUUGCUUGAAUAGAACAUACUGUACAUAUAGGAUUGAUAGUUCUGAGUAUUUGUGUAUUUAUUUUCUACUCUUCAACAGGUGAUCCUUGACAGACGCAGUAGCGUCUUGAUGCAGUAUCAACAUCAGAAUGAGAUGGAUCAAUAUCUUAUCCACCAAUUUAUUUGUGUUCAUAUUUGUAAUGUGAAAUUCGAAUGUAUGGAUUAGAAUUUAAAUAUAUUUUCCUGUCUUUAAAAAGGGAGUGAAUAGUUUGUGUCAACGCUUUUAACAAUAAGUUAUUAAAAUAUUUUGUAUAAUUAUUUCCCAAUGCAGAUACCCCUACUCACUUGAAACAAUGUCUUGAAACAAUGUCCUCUUCAGCGGUGUAGUAUCCGCUGGUACAAAGGCAGCAAUGUCAUCCUGCCCUCAGAGCACUUUGAGAUCUGCAGUGAGGGCUGCUAUCGCAAGCUGGUCAUUCAACAGGUGGCACUGGACGAUGAGGGAACCUACAGUGUGCAGGUUGGAGAACACACAUGCUCUGCGAAACUGACCGUAGAAGGUAAGAACAUCUAUUAAAGUGACAGUUCACCACAAAAUCAAAGUUUGUCAGAUAUUUUACAUGAAAAUUUGCCUUUUGUCAAAAUGAGGGCAUGUCCCACUCCAUUUAUUGUGUUGAUACAGCCACAGUAUUUGGCUGAAUUUCAAAUGAAUAGAAAAAGUAGGCACUAAAUAUUUUCCCAAUUUUAUUCAGUAACAUAACAAGAUCAGUAAUAUAAGGUAAGUUUUGCAUCCCCCUGAUGGUUAGGAUUUGGGGAGAGUAGGAUAAUCUUAGAUCUGUCUAAGGGAAACUUCUACCAGGAGCGUAGAAGGAUGAGUGUCCUGAAUAUAACAGCUCCAUCUACUGGGAACAUGGCAGUAAGACAUUCCUAUUCAUUACACACUGCAGACUACAGCUCACUCAGUUCAGUAUUUGAUAGGAUCAUAGGUCAACUCUAGUACUGUGCAAUUAUAAUGCAGUUACUAAAGUACUAUCUAACAUCAUUGUAUCAACAUGUUGUUACUAGUGUACUUACAGUGUUACUCAGGUAUGAAAGUAACGUGUUUUAAAUCCAAUUUAAGCAUUGUUCCAUGCACCUUAUCUGCAAUUAAGAUGUGCAGGUGAGUAAUUUGAUUCUCAUUUAAUUAAUCAUAGAGUGAUUAGAGUGUGUAGUGUAAUCAUGUUUAAGGGUAUACUUAGCAAGGUGACAUCAUCAAACACAACGGGGUAACCUCAUACAACAUGGACAACAACCUCAACAGACUUCAAAACAGACAUUAUUGGGGAAGGUGCAAAUUGUGUAUGGCAGUCGUUGUAGAUCUGAAUGUUGGUGACAUUGUGGUCUGAUGUUGUUUUAUCAUUGAUGAUGAUGUCAUCUUGAUGAGUGUACCUUUAAGGCGUCCCCCAUUCUUCCCUCAAUGUAUUUAUCUUUCUAUUUGCAACACAGCCCAGUCUCUCCUGAUGGUGAGGGAACUGAAGAGCGUGGCGGUGGUGGCCCCAGAUGAGGCCUGCUUCGAGUGUGAGGUCUCGGUCCCCAUCCUCAAAGCCCCCGUGUGGAGCCUAAAGGGGGAGGCCCUGCAGCAGGGGCCCAAGGUCAGCCUAGAGAAGAUGGGCAAUGUCCACCGACUCACCCUCCGACAGACCUCUGUCGACAUGAACGGCUUGGUGGAGUUCACGUCGGGAAAAGCCAAGAGCAGCGCCAAGCUCCACGUCAAGAGUAGGCGAACCCUUUUCCUUUUACAUGUGAUUUGGCAUAACAGCUGCACAUGGCGAGAGAAGUGUGACAUACUGUAAGCUAUGUUUGGUGUUUAUGUGCAGUUCUCUCCAUGGGCAUUGACAUC